UUUCUGAUUGCACCUAUUUUCCUGGGAGUGAAUGAAAAUUUUCUGCGGGGGUCCUCUUCGAGGUGGAUGAUUGUGAAGCGUGUGGGUGGGGACCAAGUUCGGUGGAAUAAAAAGUGUGGAAAGUGGCUCUUGAAGAGAUUUGAAGUUUUGCUGGGAGGAGAACGAGAAGAGCGCCGCGAUUGGGGCGGUUGUGGACGGAGGAAAAUUUCCGCAGCAUCCUUGUUUGACUUAGUGGGUUUACUUUCCGGGAUUGUUAUUGGAUUGGGGUGCCGAAAUCCGAGAAGAUAUUCGAUUUGAAAAGGAUAGAAAUGAAUUGAGGCGAGUCGAAUGAUGAAGACGGCGACUGCGACGACGACGACGACGACGCAAAAGACGGCCAUCGAGGAAGAUCCCAUUGCUGAAUUGCUGCCAUAAUUGAAAAUAAUCAAGACAGGAUUGUGGAGCUAAAGGUUUUUGUAAUAGUUGACAAACGUUGUAUGUAUCAAAACAAACGGGAAAGUGAAGGUAUCUUUACUGAAUUCACAAUAUUAUUUGUAUAACUAAAGAACAUUAUAAUAGAAACCAUGACAGGUUUGUGGUUAAAUACAUGAGUAGAAAACACCUGCAUUGCAAAGUUAUUUAGUUUUUAUAGUUUUUGUAUCAGGAACUUCAAGAAUGUUUUAAGGAAACAUUUAAAGAUUGGCUAACACUGCAAUUUUGUAUAAAUUGUUCACCGGAUUAGACUAAGCGAUAAGUUAUCAAAGAAGGUAAGAGCGUUCAAGCUUUAUUUCACUUUCAAAUUGGUAAAAGUAAUUAAGAAGGUAGUAUCAUAAGUAUUGGUAUGAGCAUUCUUGAAAAAGGAUACGUGUAAUGUUCGGCUAAUUCACUUCUUAUCUGUAUUUAAUCGAAAUACGUAUGAGUCCUUUGCUUUACUUUUAUUUGAAAUAUUGUUGAACAAUAGAUGGUAUAAACUGGUACCAACAUUUUAAAAGAGCGUAACUGUUUUUGCAUGCUUUUGAACAGAGACCCGGGCAAAGCCUGACAGCAAAUUGAAAACUUAUUUUGAUGUUGUGAUAUUGCAAAUUAUGAUAACUCAGUUUGUUGUCGUUUUGGUCGUUUUAACGGUUAAAACAUCAAAAAUGAGAGCAGUAAAAUGUUCCCCUAACAGCAAGUUGAAAACAAUUCCUGCUAUCAAUGAUAACAAAUUGAUAACUGUUUUGCUAUCAGUGCAAAAAAUGGUAAAAUGUAAAGUUUUUUCGGUUAUAAUGAAAACCUAAAUGCAAUAAUAUAGUGGCACUAAUAAUUAUCAUUCGAUUUAUUAUACAAGGCUGCCUAAGUUCUUAAAUUACCUAAAAACUAAAAAUAUAUAAUAAUUUGAAGUGUCGGCAAAACAAAAUCAAAAUGUGAUAUCAAUUUGCUGCUGAUUACAAAUCGUGUUUUCGAUAUGCUAUCAUUUUGUUGUUAGACUUUGCUCGGGAAGUUUUUCCAAUUGUGGAAGCGGGUUACGUGAGAGCAAUUAAUUACGUUCCAUAGUUUUAGAGCAGCACAUGUUUCAAAAAGCAGCUACGCCCUUUUGAAAUGUUGGUGCCCAGAAUACUCGAAAUGAUAAUGAGUGGAAUUUGAUUUUAUAACUCAUAUUUCUUAUUUCUACAAAUUUAUAACUACCUUACCUAAUAACGUUUCCAAAACUAUCUGGAUUUUUCCGAUUUCAUUCUGUUUCAAAUAAGCCGUGCAGGUAUGCAUAAUUUCAUAUUAGUACUGCUUUCAAUUAAACGAAAAUGGUUCAAAAACGACCACUAAUCUGCAUUGAAAGUGAAAGCAGAGUUGCGGCGCAAAGAUACACAAUUUACCUGGAAUUGGAGUUUAUACCAUCAUUCCAGUAUGCGAGCUAUUUAACUGCCGCUGCAACAAACUGUAUGGUUCAUUACGUGUAAAAAUCAACCGUGAUACUUUAUGUAAAUUUCCAUCGGAGAUUCUAUGAUGUAAAAAUUGAUCAUGAUGAGCUGCAAUUUAAAUAAGUUUCCACGCUUAACGAGCACAUUUUUACACUUAUCAAGCUAUUUUGCAUCAAUUUCUUUAGUAAAAUGGAGUUGAAUCUCAGGUGGUACCAGUACUGGUACCAGUAUUCAGUGUCUAGACGCCAUGAUAGUGUUCGGCGCAGUGGUAAAACAAAUUAUUGUAAACUACACCCUCACCAUCUACCCACAAAUAGCCAACACAAGCUCAAAUUCACCAAACCCGACAGUCCUACGCCAAGCAACCGGCGAUACAAACGUAGCGGUAUCCCUAUAACCUCCCUGAAGAAGACCCAAACCAAGGGUCGAAACGUCGGAUGAAAUAGUAUCACCCCGCUUAUAACUUAUCUGGACCGAAAAGCCAACCAAAGAGGGAAAUAUUUUUCUAGUACAUCUUCAAAUUUUCCUACACAGAGACUGAUUUGUUUUUACUCAAAUAGCAAUAAGUGUAUUGGAAUUUUACUUAUGUUACAACAAAAUUUGAGCAACCCAUUAGCAAUUAUUAUCUGCUUUUUCAAUUGUUAAUAAGUCGGACAGCAAUAGAAUCGUUGAUUUCCGAGUAAAACCAAUAGUAAACCUGUUGAAACUAUAUUGGACCGGGCAGGCCCGUGCACAGAAGUGGCGCCAAGGGAGGGGUUUUUGCCAAUUUUUGCAAAAGGCGGAGGGGCGCCUAGUGUAUGAAGCGUUGAUAUUGAGGGGGGUUUAACACCCAAAACCCCCCCCUUGUGCACGGGCUUGGGACCGGGUUACACUAGUGCAAAAAGAAGAAAAAAACAAUGAAAAAUUUGAACCACAUUUCAAAAUAUGACAGGAAAUUUGCAAGCAUUGUGCCAUACAUACAAUGAACUAUUGUGAUGUAAUGUAGUGUCUUAUACGACUCGAUAAUAUCCAAAAACGGAAUUUAUGUUACCUUAGUUUCGAACAAAACCUUUAACCCUUUGAAGCAUUUAACCCUUUUUAUAAAAUAGAAUACUGUCUUCGUCAAAGUUGUUGCAAAUUGAGUCCUCUAUUAGGAAAACAUGGGAAUAUUUGUAUUUGGGACUUCAUUGAUAACCUAGAACAUCCUGAACACCAUGAAAUUUGGAAAACAAAAUAAUUGACAUACCAGUUGUUCUAAAAGCUGAACUUGGAUGUGAGUUCCGUUUAUAUGUAAGCUAAAUCGUCAAGAAUAUCAAAAGGUGUUUUACAUUCUGGGAUGUUCUAGGUGUUCCAAACUUUCCUAUAGUGAAGACCUUCAAAUCUACAAUAAUAAAUUUAUGUAUUUUCGCCACAAAUAAUAGCAUUGCAUAACCUACUGGGAUCCGUGAAGCUCUUGACGUCUACAAUGUCAUUUAUAGACACUAUAGGGAUAUUCCAGUCCAGCUUAGAGCUUCAAGUCUACACUCGUAACAACAGCCAUAUCUGCUAUACGUUGCAUGUUUCUCCGUGGUUACUGUGCCAAUCUGAAGUAUACUUUUUUUUAAUAUAAACUUUUGGGACAUUCAGGUUCGUCCAAACUGUUCUAUAAUGAUGUUCUUCAAAUCUACAGGAAAAACUAUGUGUUUUCGCCAUAAAUAAUAGUAUUGCAUAAUCUGCUGGGAUCCGCGAAGCUCUUGAAAUCUCAAAUGUCAUUUAAAGACACUACAGGGAUAUUCCAGGUAAGCCAAACUACUUUGGAGUUCAGGACUUCAGGUCGUAACAGUAUCCAUAUCUGUUAUACAGUCGAACCUCUAUGAGUCGAUGUUCCGUGACUCGAUAUCGACUAAUGGAUCUAGGUUACUACGAUGGUCCCUUGAAAAAACUUUCCAAAGGAUUGUUGUUCCACUUCUCGAUAUUCCAUGAGUCGAUGGUCCCUUCAAUAUCGACUCAUGGAGGUUUGACUGUACUGAGUAAAGUUGCAUAUCUAUCAAUGGUUACUGGACCAAUCUGAAGUCUACUUUUUUAUUAUAAGCCUUUGGAACAUUCAGGUUCGUCCAAACUGUUCGAUAGUGAAGUACUUCAAAAAUAUACAAGAUAAACUAUGUGUUUCUCCAUAAAUAAUAGCAAAGCUUAAUCUGAUGAGAUCCGUGAAGCUCUUGAAAUCUCAACCAUCAUUUAGAGACACUAUUGAAAUGUUCCAGGCCAACCAAACUAUCUUUGGGUUAAGAACUUCAGGUCUACACUCUUAACAUCAGCUGUAUCUGACAUAUUGAAUCAGACGCGCCAACUUGGUGAAAUUAUUGGGGGGCAAAGCCUUGUUUUCUGAUUUUUGUAUGGGAAAAUCGAAAAAUCGUCAAAUAUUGGGAGGGCAAAACCAUGCUUGACCCCCCCCCCCCCUCUUGAUAGUAACAUUAAUUAUUCUCACAAUGAACUUUAAACUGUAAUCUGUAAUCCCCCUGGGAUAUCAUGAGUCAUAUCAAGAUAGUUUUGAGAUAUUCCAGUUCAACAACACUACUCUGGAGACCAUAGCUUCACGCAUACACUUGUGAUAAUAACUUUUGCCACUACGUAAAGUAGUGUUACAUAAUCCACUGUACAUACUAAAUCAGUUAGAGGAACAGUAAGCGUUGUUAUAUAUUUUUUGGGAUAUUAAGGGCUUCCUUACUGUUAUGAAGCUUAAUUGAUGAAAACAACCACUGUAACUGUCAGAAGACAUACUGGACAUGAUAGAUAAUAAAUCGUAGCUUUUAAUGAAAGAAGUUACCGUUACACCCGUAGACUUUAUGAGCAUGAGCAUGAGCAUGAGAUGACCGUACAAUUCGUAGUUGCUACUCCGUUACUGAUUAGAACAGUCAACAUUGCACAGGGAACCAAAUGGAUGGGGCCUGGGUGUAGCUUUCCAUCCUCAAUGUGCAAUUUCCGGACCAACAAUUGAAAAGGCCGCAUCGACAUUUUGUAAACAAACAUGUUUCUGUCGACUUGACAACAAACGUCGACUUGACGCGCAAACAUCAAGCUUUCUGUUAAUGGUGGUGAGAUGCGUGGGUGGAUCCCAGAAGGCCCUAAGUCGACAGAAACGUGUUUGUUUACGCAAUGUUGUUGCGGCCUUUUCAAUUGUUGGUCCGGAUUUUGAAGGUUCAAAACUUUAUAUUGUCAGUACCGGCGCCGGCCACGUCCUUACGGUCAUCGGGGAAGGGAAGGAACGUUGGUGUGACAUCCGUUGCUACUAGAGACCGUGUGUACCUCCGCAUCCCCACGGUUGUCACAGGAAGGAAGUUUGUUAGUGGGAAGGGAAGGGAUAGAAAAUUGCAUAGAUCUGGAUUCACAUUGGUAAGUGGUGUGAGCUAUGCAACCCUUUAUAUGAUUUAGUCUUCCGCCAGCCGGCUGUCGGAAGAAUACAAUAAUUUUAUUGUAUGUUUGUGUAUUAAAUUUAAUUAUAUACCGGGUAUGAAUAAUUUUUAAACCACGCUUAUGUCGGAUCAACUCGUAAUAACGCACGUUUUAAGCUUAUCGUUUCUCAGUCAGAAAAUAAACUGUAUGCAAUUCCGUUUAGUGUUACUGCCAAUGCUGAAAAACCGAAACCCGUGCCGUAGCUUUACGAGAAAACUGGUCAACUAAACAACUAGAAUCGUUGCUUUUGAGUUUCGCCUAUGUUCUUGUAAUACUUUUUUUCGCGUUCCCGUGUUAAUAAGAUUGCGGAUAAUAAAACCGUUGUACAUAUUUAUUAUCCACGAAUGUUCGCAACGCGUAAUAUAAGUUGAAGGUGUGAUGAUCGUAAAUGUUCGAAAAAGAAAUCGAAAUUAUGGAACUCGGCACGAAUAAAUCGACGCAGUAAACGUGGUCUACUUGUCACUGUAUCGUACGGUAAUCUUGACCUUUCUAAAGAAAGAGAUACUUUGCCGUUUUGAUCGCUGAUUGCCUGCUUGUAAAUCUGAAAUAGAAAAAAGUAUUAAAUUGUGAUACGUUCUCCACUGUUAUAUUUUUGUAAAUUGUUAUUUAUUUAUAGGUUAAAUUUACCUCCAUCCCUCUGAAACAAACGGUAUAUUAGCAGUGAAAAAUAAAUAGAAUAAAAAAUAAAUAAAUAGAGGAAUUCCACGGAGUCAUGUCAGUCGAUCCUGAGCGACCAUUUCAAAAAUAUCUGAAACUUUGCACAGUUUUUCAAUUUCAUCUAAAUCGCCAUUUUUCGAUAUCAAACCUUCAUAUUCACUCACGACUAACUUUUCAAAAGGGUGUAUGCGAAAAUAGUUCAAAAAUAUUCUAAAAGCUGUACAGCAAAAACGGAUUGUUCGAUUGUUAUGAAUUUUUCAGCAAAGUUAGAUAACUAAAUGAUGAUUCCUUAGAAAAUAUACACUGUAAAAAAUUUCUUUUUUUACUAUAAAAAAAUAUGAUCUUUGUCACAAAAACUCAAAUAUCUCAGAACCCUAUCUUUUUACCAACGUCAAUUUUUUAGGGAAAAUGGCCCAUUAUAUCAGCUAUCUACCAUAAAAUUUUGGUGAUGGUAAACUGAUAAACAAAAAAGUUAUGACAUUUCAAACAUUUCACAAUUUUUACAUUUAGUAACAAAAAAAAUUUUUUUUCUGUGUAAAUUAUUUCGAGAACUAUAUUUUGAUGCUGAUUUUAUUGUAAAGGCUACCGGAUGAAUUAAACAAGUAGUUUUCAUGAUAUUUUUGUUUGAUUAUUUAUAAUUACUAUAGUAUCUAUUUGAACCUUAGACGCGAUCCAGUGUUGUGAUCAAAAAUAUUGAGAUUGUCAUACUUUUUAUUGUACGUGACUGGUGAAAAAAUCCCUUGAUAGUGUUGAAAAGCUGUUGAUCAUAAGAAAAAUGGAAUUAAACUUAUUUUGAAGACGAAAGCUGCAUAAUAAAAGUUUUAUAUAUACGCGUAUACGUCUAGUUGAUCUGCAAAAAAAUACCUCUUAGAGAACAGACUUUAUGAUCGGAAAAAUGCGAGUAACUUCAACAACAACAAAUGCAUGAGAGGUACAUACCACAGACAAACAGACGAAACGCCUAGAACAAUUUUCGUGAAAAUCCAUCGCCCAGUUCACACUACCACCACCUGGUGGAAAUGUUUCACGAAACACUGCGUUGUGCAAUAUCGUCAUCAGAAGGCGCUAGUGUGAAACGUCAAACGCAAAGAAAAACGAUGGGCACUCUUCUGGUUAUGAAAGCCACAACCAAGAUUCAAAAUGAUCGUUAAAGGCGUGGUCAAUGAAAAUUUCGUCAGUGUUACGUUUGUUUGUCUGUAUACAUACCAUGAAAAUGCUCACGAAAAAGCAAAAAAAUACUACCGCUAUGGAUAUUAAAAAUUUUAUAGUAAAUUUUUUCUUCGUCCAAGCAAACAACACCAAACUAGUCAGUUAAAACUAAUAAGUGAUUUUGUUUAUUAUAAUCUAACGAACAACAUGAACAGUCGCUUUCUCAAAGGUCUUCAACUCAACGCUCUCUUGUAGACCGUUUGUGAAAAAAAAAUGUUCAAAAGAGUUACGAAAUCUCAUAGAUAAACUGAAAGAGACUGGUUAUGCCCAAAUUGAAUACAAAUUUACGCAUUUGCACGUCCUGCCGUCUAGACUUUGACAAACGAGCCAUCUGUAUAUCAUCGGUAAAGCAGGGCGCAGGAAGUUCGAAAACGACAACAACUGAGAAAUUGCCAGAAGUGCUAAGUGCAGAGAGUCAUGCCACCGUACCAUCAGCGACAUCUGUUUGAACAAUUUAAUCACCCCUUUUUUCAAAAAUGCUUUGAAAUAUACUUCAACAUUUAUACCCAUUUCAAUAUUUUUAACGUUGCAAAACACGCUUUCAACAUUCAUCUUGAAGAAGAGGGAAAACACUUGUCCUCAAAUGUAACAGCAAAUUAAUCAAUAAACGACUAAUGCGCGGAGGGCGUGAUAAAAUCGGAACAGUACUGUACAUAUAAUAUACAUAAUACAUAAUAAAAACAGAUUGUUUUACUCACGCAAGGCCAUUAACAAUAAAAUCAACAUCAAACUGCGCUUUCCGGCCGAAAUAAUUUACACUAAAAAAAAAUUAUUACUAAAUGUGAAAAUUGUGGAAUGUUUGAAUUGUCAUAACUUUUUUGUUUAUUAGUUUAUCAUCACCAAAUUUUUAUGGUAGAUUACUAAUACAAUGGACCGUUUUCCCUAAAAAAAUACAUUGGUAAAAAGAUAGGGUUUUGAGAUAUUUGAGUUUUUGUGACAAAAAUGAUAUUUUUUAAUGUUAAAAAAAGAUUUUUUUUUCACAGUGUACAUUUUCUUAGGAAUCACCAUUUAGUUAUCUAACUUUGCUGAACAAUAAAAUCUGCAUCUAACUGCGAUUUCUGAUCGAAAUAAUUUACACAGAAAAAAAUAUUUAUCAAAUGUGAAAAUUGUGAAAUGUUUGAAAUGUUAUAACUUUUUUGUUUAUUAGUUUACCAUCAUCAAAUUUUUAUGGUAGAUUGCUAAUACAAUGGACCGUCUUCCCUAAAAAAAUUACGUUGGUAAAAAGAUAGGGUUUUGAGAUAUUUGAGUUUUUGUGACAAAAAUGAUAUUUUUUAAUGUUAAAAAAGAUGUUUUUUCACAGUGUAUAUUUUCUUAGGAAUCACCAUUUAGUUAUCUAACUUUGCUGAAAAAUUUAUAGCAAUCGAACGAACCAUUUUGGCUGUACAGAUUUUUGAAUAUUUUUGAACCAUUUUCACAUACACCCUUUUGAAAAGUUAGUCGUGAUUCAAAAUAAAAAUUUGAUAUCGGAAAAUGACGAUUUAGAUGGAACUUAAAAACUGUGCAAAGUUUCAGUUCAAUAGAAAAUCAUGAAUUAAAAAAUUUCCUUAAUUUUGAUGCUGUUGCUUGGAAUCGCUCAAUAGUGUAAAAAAGUACACCAAAUCUUGAUCCUGGAAUGUUCCUGCAUUCAAAUAAACCAGGCUGGAAAAUAGCAAGAUCAAAACUUGAAAUGGUAGAUCUUACACCGUAACGCACCAUUCCAAGGUGAUCUACCCACGUUACGGGUUUACCGUUACACCCGUAGACUUUAAGAUCCAAACUCUAGAAUAGUUUUGAUGACCUAGGAUAUCCCGACUGAUCUGAUACUGUCUAUUAACCGUUCAGAAGACUUACUGGACAUGAAAGAUUUCAAAUUGUAGCUUUGUAUAAUGGAAGAAGUUACCGUUACACCCGAAGACUUUAGGAUCUGGCUGACGUAGGAUAUCCCAACUAAUCUGGUCUUGUCUAUUAAUUUUUCAGAGGACUUACUGGACAUGCUAGAUUACAAAUUGUAGCUUUGUAUAAUGGAAGAAGUUACUGUUACACCCGUAGACUCUAGGAUCUAAUUCAAUAACAGUUUGGACGACCCAGGAUAUCCCGACUGAUCUGAUACUAUUGAUUGAAAUUUCAGAAGUCUUACUGGAUCUGAUAGAUUACAAAUCGUAGCUUUGUAUAAAAAAAAGUUACCGUUACACCCGUAGACUUUGGGAUCUUAAUUCUAGAACAGUUUGGAUGACCUAGGAUAUCCCGACUGAUCUGAUGCUGUCUGUUGUACUUUCAGAAGACUUACUGGACAUGAUAGAUUACAAAUCGUAGUUUUGUAUAAUGAAAGAAGUUAUAGUUACACCCACAGACUUAAGUGUCUAAACUCAAGAAUAGUUUGGAUGACUUAGGAUAUCCAGAAAAGAAAUUCUUCAUAAUAUUUUACAGUUUUUAUGCUAUUGACCACCAAAACUUCAGAAAAACGUAGAAAAAACCCCAUUAUAACACUUGGAAUAGUUCCGGCUUCAAAGAUUUAAAUUAACGAGCCACACUUUUUACUGAACGCAACACCAAACACUGUUUAUGGAACAAAGUGUAGAAUUAGCUUCAAGUUAAAAUUCACAUAAUAGAGCAUCCGUUAAGUACGUCACCCUAAAAUUGGGAAUUUUUGUAUUAAAACGAAAAUUUCACCGUUUAAAUGAUUGCAAUAACUGCAUUUUAUGUUAUUCAGAUACUCCAGAAAAAAUCAGACAUACAGGGGAUGGCCAAAAUGUUUGGGAUAGGCAACUUUUUUUCUCUCACAAAAAAAUUCAACAUGCUGUAACUUUUUAUAGAGUACAUCAAAAAAUCUCAAAUUGUGACUGUUUGUCAACCUAUUAUAUGUGCAUCAUUGGUACAAAUUUGGGCUCGAUUGAUUAAUUUUUCGCGAAGUUAGAACCGAUCGGGUAAAACACUAUUAUUUAGACAACUAAUUUUUGAACUGUCAUAUCUCAGAAACCAGUGAACCGAAUUGAAUGAAUGUUUUAACGUUUAUCAACAAUAUAUUGAUACUUAAUACGACGUUAUAAAAUGUAAUAUUUUCUCACGGCGAAUUAAGUUAUACCGGAUCGAAAUUUUUACCCAUAUAUAGGAAAAUAGGUCAAAUUUACAAUACCACACAAAAAUUACUAAAUGCGUUCUUCCUUCAAACUAAAUAGGCUCUAAUAUAUCUGAUUAGAGAUAACUUGAGAACAGAAGCGGAAAAUCUUUGGAUAUCAACACUAAAAUUUAUUGACAUUGAUGUAAAAAAAAUACAUUUUUUCGAGAAAAAUCCAAAAUGUGUCAAUCCAUGAUAACUUUUUUCAACGUUUAAAAAGUUCCUAUGUUUUAAUAGUUUGUGAAGCAUUUGCAUAUUGUUAGUGUACGUUAAAAAUUUCAUUUAAUUCGGUUCACUGGUUUCCGAGAUAUGACACCUCAAAAAUGAGUUGUCUAAAAAAUAGUGUUUUACGCGAACAGUUCUAACUUUGCGAAAUAUUAUUCAAUCGAGCCCAAAUUUGUACCAAUGAUGCACACAUAAUAGGUUGAGAAACAGUAAAAAUUUGAGAUUUUUUGAUGUGCUCUAUGAAAAGUAAUAGCUUGUUGAACUUUUUUGUGAGAGAAAAAAAAGUUGCCUAUCCCAAACAUUUUGGCCAUCCCCUGUAUAUUGAGAUUGUGGCAUAACUCUGGCGUUAAUGUGUUAAAUCGACGGCUUCUUGGCUAAAACCACCCAAUGCAUUGUUGAUUAACAGGGCCAGAAAAUCAAAAAAAAAAAAAGACUAUGUAAUCAUAAUGAUGGUUGUUCAUGUUCACUUUCUUGUAGUUUUAUCGCACUGCAGUGCAAUCAAACAGUGGCUCUUUCAUUGAUAUCACGUAUAAAAUCAAAUUAUGCCAUCACAAGCAAUUUCGGGCUUUAGAAGGUUCUAUGGGAGCUGCACAGGGUCUCAAGGGCGUUCCAGGGGGUUUCAGGGGUGCUUCUAGGGAUCCUUGUGGGUUCCAGGGGAGUUCCAGCGAGACUCAGGGGCCUCUGGAAGAUUCCCUGCAGUAGAAGUUCAGAAUUUGAUCCGUUUGUUUAAUAAACGGCCUCCAAUAUUCAAGAAAUGCGUGUACCAUGUUUUCCACAACAUGCUUAAUGUAUUCUAUUGUCGCAUUGCACAGCCCACCGCGCCGUAAUCUGGGAGCCGGGAGGCCAGCGAUAGAAGUAGCAGCAGUAGCAGCGUGACGAAUAAACUGCACUCAAUUGAGAUAAUUGGUAAAUAUAAUUGAAAAGUGGCACUGCUCCGUGUUCGUUCGUUCGUGUUAGUUGGUUGGAUGGUGCCUGCUGGUUCUGUCCGCUCGAAACGGGAGCAAACGAGUAGUGGCGAAGGAAUAUGCGAGCAGGCAUCGAUAAGGCAGAAGAACAAGUGAGACGAUCCAUAAUCUGUGAGUGAGUGAGUGUUGUUUGCUAGAAAGUUGCAGUGAGCAGAAGACAUUGCAGUAGCAGCUGUAGUUAAUUGAAAAAUUUUUCCGGUAUCCUGAGUAACUGUGUAACUGCUGCUGCUGCUGCUGCUGCCGUUUGACGUCCGACCUGUGCUGUAAGCUUGCGUAGUGUUGCGAAAUCUCCGUGGAGCACAUAAAAAGGUUAAUAUAUAUCUACACUAUUUCCAAAAUAUCAAGAAGGUAAAUUUUAUGGAAGAUUAUUAGUUAUUUUGGCUGAAGGGAGGAACAGUAUAACCCUACUUGACUCAAGGCUCAGAGGCUCAGAAAUGCAAAAAUAAUAAUAGAUAAAAUCACAAGACAGUCAUUUGAUGUGACAAUUAUUUAAAAAAAAUUGAAAUCAAACUGUCAUAUUUGAAAAUAAAAUUCAAACAUAACAACUUUUUCAAGUUCGAAGAGCUUUUCUAAUGUAAGAAACUAAUUGAAAAUGUUGAAAAAAAUAGUAAAAGGAAGACAAAGCACAGAAAUAAAAAAGUGACAUUUAAUUAACAACACUAUGAUAUUUAAAAAAUUGAAUUUAGCUAUCCAGCUGAAUCCCAGAUUAGGCAACUCUCGCUCAUUCACUUAUUCAACCGCGUCUCUCUGUUUCCGACAACAAUAUUCCGGAAGCAAAAUUGUAGUUUCGCGGCUAGACACUGUUGAAUACGCCACUCAAAUCAAACUUCAAAAGAGAGCUCAAACAUUAAGCCGCCUUCUGCUCCAGUAGCCCAGCCAUGUGUUGAUCCUUUGCUGAAAAAAACUUAUGAAGAGUCUUUUUCGAUUCAAUUUUCCUCUCCCAUCCGGAAAAUGAUCCCCCACACAUGAAUGCCAGGGUUCUAGCUCUGUAUGUAGCUAGAGACUAGCUGCUUGAUUGCGUGAAAGUGCUUCACAGUGUACCACGGAAAAAAGGCUUUUCAAAGGUGGAAGCUCUUUUCUUCAGGCGACUCGACUUCCUCCGCACUGUGUGGUGCGCUAUUUGUCAAACACUACCCACCAUACUGCUACUGGCUGGGAGUAACGGAGCAACUUGAGACAGCUGAGUGAGAUCGACUUGAAAAUAGAGACACAGUCGAGUAGGUAUACGAGAUGAUGGCGUUUGUCAUCAUCUGUUUUCAGUGUGAGACACACUCAAGCGCGGCGGCGGCGAUGGCUGACAAACAAGUGAUAAACAAAGUCAAAGCUGAUGCUCCUGCCGCUGGCUGAUGACAAGCGAUGGUAGUAGAAGUAGCGAAAGGAUUUUCCUCCCACUGGCACUGCACUCUAACGUCACAAAGUGGCACUGAAGGCCUUGAGCAAGAGUAGCUCGUUACCGCUAAGAAGUUCCAUAAGCACUGCUCUUGAACUUUCAAAUGCCAUUUUCAGAAAUGAUUGGUUUUAUCAUGGUCACUAACAAUGCCAUCGAUGAAUCUAAUGUUAGGCUUUAAACUGGAUUUAUCUAAAUUACUAUGUAUUUCAACAUCUCUCACAAAAUGGUUUGCUUAGUCGAAAGAUAAUCUUGUAAUAGUUUCAUUAAAACUUCUAGAAAGCUUUUGGUUUUAUUGCAGACUCAAUACGUGCGUUAUUGCGUUGUAAACUGUCAAAAAAGCAUAAUAAAAUCUGAAACAUCGAACUGCACCUGCAUUCUUUGCCUCUGCAUUUGCACUCGCCACUUUUUUUCCCAUAUUUGUUUAAUUAAAAACCAUCGCACACACUUCCAUUAUUGGUCUCUCAUCUCCGCUGGUGACCCUCCGCAGAUUUAAUCUCUGAUCUCACAUACGAUAUAACGACAGGUUACUGCAAUUGCACAUCAACCAAAUUCCAUUCCCUUCCCCCACCCAUAAACUUUCGAUGCGAUCGCAUGAUUUAUUACUCACAUUUGGUGUGCCCCAAUGCAAUGAUGGCGAAAGCUGCACUGCUGUUUGCACACUGAACCCGCCUGCGGAGUGUCACAUGUGUUUUUGCCUUUCUCGUACACCAAGGUGUACCGAAAGGCUAUAUGUUCACUCCAAAAACGAAAAUUUGAUAGAGCCUCCGGAGGGGUCAAGUCUUAUAUACCAAUCGACUCAGCUCGACGAAUUGAGGUGAUGUCUGUGUGUGUGUAUGUGUGUGUGUGUGUAUGUGUGUGUGUGUGUAUGUGUGUGUACAAAAAAACUCACAUCACUUUUUGGCAGUAAACCUCAACCGAUUUUAUUGACCGACGGUUCAUUCGACGCGGAAUCUGGUCCCAUUGUUUCCUAUUGAAAAUGGUUCAGAUCGGACAAGCCGUUCCGGAGUUAUGGCCAUUUAGGUGUUCCGGACCGGUACCCCAGGAAGGGGCCAGAUAUGAAAACGCUACAAACCCAUCCAUGCGGCACAUCAAACAACGGCAUUUUCGAUAACUUGAUGAAUGGUAAGCAGAAAAAUAGUCUCAGACCAUAUCUGAACCGGUAGUGUCUCGGAACCGGUUCCGGGUGUCCCGCCGGAAGUGACCAAACAUAAAAGUGAACUAAACCCAUGCAUGCGACAUAUCAAACCGCGGCUUUUUGGAUAACGUGGUGAACAGCAAGCAGGAAAACAUUCUCAGACCAUAUCGAAACCGGUAGUGUUCCGGAACCGGUUGCAAAUGUCCCGCCGGAAGUGGCCAAGUAUUAAAGUUAACCAAACCCAUGCAUGCGACAUAUCAAAUAGUGGCUUUUUUGAUAUCCUGAUGAACAGUAAGCAGGAUAAUAUUCUCAGACCAUAUGUGAACCGGUUGUGUCCCGGAACCGGUUCCAGGUGUUCCGUCGGAAGUGGCCAAAUAUAAAAUUGAAAUAAAACCAUACAUGUGACAUAUCAAACCACAGCUUUUUCGAUAACCUGAUGAACAGUAAGCAGGAAAGCAUUCUCAGACCAUAUCGGAACCGGUCCCAGAUGUUCCGCCGGAGGUGACAAAGUAUAAAAGUUUAUUAAACCCAUGCAAGGCACAUAUCAAAUCGUGGCUUUUUUGAUAUCCUGAUGAACAGUAAGCAGGAAAAUAUUUUCAGAACAUAUCUGAAUCGGUUGUGAUCCAGAACCGGUUCCGGGUGUCCCGCCGGAAAUGGCCAAAUAUAAAAGGGAACCAAACCCAUGCAAGCGACACAUCAAAUCGCGGAUUUUAAGGCAUCUUGAUUUGACAAAAAAAAAAGUUUCCGGCCAUAUUGGGGACAACCGGUAGUGUUCCGCAACCGAUUACGGUUGCCCCAUCGGAAGUGGUUCAAUGUAAAGGAGAACCAAACCCAUAAAUUCGACACAUUUAAUGACUUUUUAGGUAAGCUGAUGAACGGUUAACAAAAAAAUCAUAGGCCAUACUUUGGAAAACCAAUAGUGUGCCGAAACCGGUUCCAGGUGCCCCGACGGAAGUGGUCAAAUGUAGAAAAAAAAAACCAAACGCAUACUAGCAGCACACCAAAUAACGGCUUCUUCGAUAACGCGAAGAACGGUCAGCAAGAAAAUAGUCUCAGGUCAGUAGUGUUCCGGAACCAGAUUCGAGUGCCUCGCCGGAACUGGCGAAAUGCACGAAUGCACCAAACCCAUACAUGCAUUACAUCAAUUUGCGACUUUUUAGGAGAACUGAUUGAUAAUUUGCAUGAAACUAGGCUAAGACCACAUCAGGGACAAUCGGUAAGUGGUAAAAUGUGAACCGAAAGUUGUAAAUAUCAAAUUGAAUCAAAUCCAUGCGUGUCGUACCAUAAAACCACGCUAAUUCGACAAUGAUUGCUGUCAAAUAACCUGUGUAAACUUUCAAUUCGAUAAACUAACUCUAUUUUAGUUUUGUUUAGAUUGUAUGAUUUGUUUUUGAACACAAAUCUUACAGAUAUUGUGGUGGUACGAAUUGAUAGCAUGUACAUUUUACGAUUGUUGGCUUCCGAGGUUCACUGCGGUUGAUCACCAAACGGAUCAGGUGUCGGAAUGCACCAAAUUAGAACUUUCGGAAGUAGCAGCUGCACGAGGAGCCGCUGCGGGUGUAAAUAACAUCACAAUAUCGUAUCAUUCGUAUUUACAGUGUAUUACACUGUGACAUUUGAUCAUUUUUUUAAUUCAACAAAAUUCGAAUGAGCGGGGUACAAGUUAAAAAGUGUCUUAUUAAAGAGUGAUGAAUACGCGGGGUUUGACAGUACAUCAAAAAGCAGCUUUUUUGAUAACUUCUUCUUCUUCUUUAUAGCUCGACGUUCGCAUUGGAACUUGGCCUGCCUCUCUUCUACUUAGUGUUCUUUGGAGCACUUCCACAGUUAAUAAUUGAAGGGUUUUCUUUGCCCGCCAUUGCAUGAAUUUGUAUAUUGUGAGGCAAGUUCAAUGAUACACUAUGCUCAGGAAGUCGAGAAAAUGUUCCCGACCGGAACGGGAAUCAAACCCGCCGUUUCCGGAUUGGCGAUUCAUAGCCUUAACCACUAGGCCAGCUGGAGACCCUUUUUUGAUAACACGAUGAUCGAUUCGUAAGAACAUAGCCUCAGACCAUAUUUUAGACAACCGGUAGUGUCCCGAAACUAGUUCUGGGUGUCCCACUGGAAGUGGUCAAAUGUAAAAGUGAUUUGUACCCAUGCAUAAGAUAAAUCAAAUCGUGGUUUUUUUUAGGUAACCCGAUGUACGUUAGCAAUGAUAUUGCCUCAGACUAUAUUUGGGAGACCCGGUGGUGCUCCGGAACCUGUUCCGGAAAGUAACCAAAUGUACCAUGCGACACAUCACAUCAUGGUUUUUAAUAACCUGAGGAACGGUUAACUAGAAAAUAGGCUCAUACCACAUUAGAGACUACUGGUAGAGUUGCACAACCAGCGUUUGAUGCUUCGCCGGAACUACGAAAGUAAAUAAAAUCAAUGCAAGCGAUAAAUAUGUGUAAGAGAACAAAAUAUUGACAUAUUAAACCCACAUGCAAACAGACGCCUCACUAUACUCACUACGUUCUUGUUUUUAACGGUCAAUAAAAUAUACCCGAGCAGAAGAAAAUAACAACUGAAUAACAUAUCAAGGUAUUUAAUAUUUAAUACUAUCAUACCUUGAUAUGCCCUUCAUUAGGUAGUAAUAAGAGGCAAAAUAACAAAAACGAAUACCAUAAUUUUGUAUGAAUAACACCUGAACAAUAACAAGUCUUGUUAUUGCAAUACUGAGUGCAUACCUCAAGUUUCAAACACACUGUCAAGUGCUAUAUUUGUUAUCCACAAGGUAUUGAAUAGCAAAAGAAUAACAAUGCUUAGUAUUCAAUUGUACAUUAUUUCGAUACCUCUAUUUGUUAUCAAGCAGGGAUUCCAUAACACAUAAAUAACAACUCUUAUUAUUGCGAUUUUUUUUCGACUUAGACUUUGAUGCGAUAAAUUUCGUCGUACUCAUAUUUCGCUUUCGAUUUCGCUGUCAAUCUCAGUAGCAGGGUUUCUGCAACUCGCCCGAUAGUGUGACAGUUUUCGCCGGCCGUCUCAAUGUUUACCAUUAAGGUCUUUUGUUCUCGGUCCACCAGCUGGUCAUGUUUACACAACAAAACCAGCUGGUUCACCGAUGUUUACGUUCAUCCUUAUUGUUCUCGGCUACCAGCUGUUUAUGUUUUCAUCACAAAAUCAGCUGGUUUCGCCUGAAUCGGGGAAAGAAGUCGAAAAUGUGUCAUAAAUGUUAAGUUAAUACCAUAUUAGGGCGAGUUCAAUUUCGUCGCCAAAGUCUGAUUAUUCGUAAAAAAUACAAUAUCAAAUUGUACAUUUUUUCGAUACUUCAUUUUGUUAUCGAAUAGGUAUUGGUAAUUUUCAGUAUAAAGCGCUCUGCGACGAAAAAAUUUUUCGGCUGCGCCGCUAUUUUUAAACUACGAAUACAAUUGUCCAUUACUGUUUAAAAAAUGUAAGUGUCAAAUUAAAAAAGGUAUCAUUGACCGUUGAAAACGCUUCCCAGAAACAAUUUCUGGCUACGCCACUCUUCCAAACAAAAAAGUUUUAAUAAAAUUAAGAAGUAACCUUAUUUCUACAAAUAAUACUGUCUCCAGAAGCGUAUUUGUAAACUAGAAAAUGGCUAACAUCAGUUAAGUAAGACAUAUAUUACAAUAUCGCCCAAGCCUUCGCGACCUAUCAAAAACCAGUGGGCCGCUACCCAUAGUUUGAGAAACGUUGCUUUAGCAGAUUAUGUCGUCUUGUUCCCACAUACAUAACUGAGACAGAACCUGCUUCUCAGCUUAAUUCGGAAAGAGUUCCGUCGUGUACUGAGUACACGCUCCAUAAAAAAUGCACGUGUGUGGUAUAUAACGUGAGCGUGGUGUCGCUGAAGGUGGUCGAAGACGCGACUACUCGAGAAUUAAAUCACAGAUAAAUAGACGUAACAGCCAUUACAAUUUUCUUUAAAAACCUAUCGCCCAGUUUACUCUAUGGUGCACAUGUUUCACAAAGACGCUAGUAUGAAACGUCAGAGAAAAACGAUGCGCGCGCCUCUGGUUGUGAAAGUCACAACUUGUAAGAUUAAAAAUAUCGUCGUGGUCGUUGGAAUUUUUGCCAGUGUAACGAUUGUGAUUCAGUAUUGUUUUAAAACAUCCAUGUUUAUUAAAGCUGCCUCUGCCUUACCAUUUUGCAAACGUACAUCGUGUGGAUGGCACGAAAUCCUCAAGGAAGUUAUUACCUAUUUCCAUUAUUUGAACGACUUGCAAAAUAAGCCUGAAAAUCACAGAUCCAAUUGUCUACUCACCAGAAACUCGCCCAUACCUCGUUUUUUUUUAUUGUGCUGUAGAAAUUGCGACAAUGAUUUUACAUUUCAUCGUGUUUCCAUCGUCAUCGCUAGACCAAAUCAAACGCGUAUUAUCUGAGUGCCGGUGAAUCAUUUCCAGUGUCGUUUCGUCACCUAAAAAUAAGAAAAAACAUCCCAAAUCCCAAAAUUAAUUCCCCCUUACCCUUUCAAAAGUGAUUCGCCAUCUAGCCGCAAUGUGCUCAAACCCUAACCAGCUUUCGCUGAUGAAAGGCCCCCCUCUUUUGUGGACGGUGGCGCCUUGUUCAGCUGGCUACGGGAUUUUGCAUCGUUAGCCGUUACCGUCCACGAGGGGUAGCUAAUGAGCACUCCAGCUUACGCUGGUAUCUGUCCGGCUGUUUUGCAGAUGGCGAACAAAGCACUCCGCAAUCCACGUGUUUCGUGUUGUACGCCCAGUCUCAUCUGGACAUUGGGCCCUUGCAGAGACGACUUUUAUUACGUCCGGGCCACUCCGAUUCACAGCUGUGCAAAGAAAAACUUAAGGAGUUUCAAUUAUUAUAUGUAUUUAUGUAAAGGAGAUGUGGUAGCUAGAUAUACUACUUGUUAGACAAACUGAAUAGACGGAGUACCCAUAUUAUUACCCAAAUACGAGGUAAAAGACGCUAAACAGCAUCUUCAGCCAGAGGCUGUACAGACUGAACAUAACUUACACUAGACAACGGAUAACACAUACGACACCCAGAGGCCCAAUGAAGAAUUUUCCGUUCGAAAAGUUGUCUCCGACUGGAGUGGGAAUCGAACCCACACUCCGUGGCCUAAAAUACGCUUAAACGGCUGACGCCGCUAAUCGCAUGGCCACGAAGUCCAGGUUCCAUUAGACAUGGCUAAGAUUUGGCCAAACAAGCCCAACACAUGACCAACACAACGUGAAUUAUAGCAACCUUGGAUGAAUGUCGAACUUCAAUGGCAACUAAGUAUUUGUCAAACAGUCUAAGGCAUCUUAACAUGCGGAAAUCCAGUAAUGAGGUGGUGCAGCCGAUGUUAAAAUAAGUAUUGCAGAUUUCACCCCAAAUUGGACUAUCACACUUUUACUGGACGCAAAAGUAUGAUAAAAGUGCACAUUUACCUCGGAUCAUCUUGACGUCUUCGGUACACUUAUUCCUUCAUUUACGAGGGCACCGAAGACCCCAACUCGAUCCAACGUGGUCCUGCGCCGCACUUUGAACGUGCGUGCACACUAUUGUUUCAGUCCAAUUUGGGGUGCAGUCAGCAAUAGUUUCCAGUCUGCAAUAUAGACCCUAUAGAUUCCAUAGACUCGCAGAGGCGAAGACAAUUGUAGCCAAACGAACUGUCAGUUCGUGUAGCCAAACGAGCAUGACGUCACGAUUUCAAUAGCGAUAAUGGAUUACUUGACGUCAUAUUUGCUCGGUACACUCUAAAUUCACGGUAAAACACACUAAAAUCGUAUUGCCCAACCAUGUCUCAGCGAGUCUACGGAAUCUAUAGUGUCUAUAGUCUGCAAGCGUACUAUCCUGGCCCUGCACAGUCUAUUAUCCUAGUUUUGUUAGCUGGAAAUGGAAACCCCGGAAACUACUCCCACAUCCCCAGAAAGCACCCAAAAGCCUAUGAAACGCAUUUAAAGAUCUCUAAAUCCUCUUAGAAGCUCCUUUAAAAGACUCGCUCCUGAAACGCUUGCGAAACCCCUUGAAUCCCUAAGAAACACCAAUGAAACUCCCUUGAAGGGCUUGAGAGAGCCGUUAACGAUUAGCGAGAAUCAGUUAAUAUUACCAUUAGCUAGCUUGAAAAUGCGUAAAAUUUAGGUUCUUGUACAAAUGUUUCAAACCAUUUUAGAAAAUGAAAAGAAAUUUAAUUAAAUGGGAACUAUACAAAAUGUAUGCCUUUUUAGAUGUUAAGUAAAUGUACGAAAUAAUAAUUAACGAAUUAUUAGACAGGCUUGGUGGUCUAGUGGCUACCGCUUCUGAUUUAUAUGCAGAAGGUCCUGGGUUCAAUCCCUGGCCCGUCCCUUUCCUCCUACUUUGUAUCUUUCUAUAUACUUUCUCUCUGCUCUCUACAUAUACAACUCAUGUAUAUAAACAUGUUCAUAGCCGUCGCUAGAACAGAAACGGGUUGAAAAAGCCGUUUCCCUUCCUUCCAAACUUUCACAGCACAGUGUCACAAUACUAUUUGAAAACGCCUAUAAGUUAUGCAAUCAAGCGAACUGUGCCGCACACGUUCAAAAUAAUAAAAAAAAAACACACACAAUUCUAUCACCUUCCCCUGGUAUCCACACACCAAUGUGUGAACCUUCUGCCAACCAAUUCCCACCAACACUCCAACAUCCGCAUGAAUUUGUGCUGGCGCAGAGGUAUAUUCGGCCAGAUGUGGAUACAAACGAUUGCAAUCAUCACUUCCUUACCCCUUCCCCACAUUGACCUGCAACCUGAAUGGCGCCUCAUUGUCGCCUAAAAAUAGAAGAUCACCAACGCUCACACACUGAAGAUGCCUGCUAGUCCCCGACAGUUAUCUCAUUGGUCCUUGUGUGAGUGUAGCUGGUCUGGCGAUACUGGAGUAGCAUCCACGGGCGGUCAAUCAAGCUCAAGCAAGCUCAAGAAAUAAUAAUUAAUGAAUUAUUAGAUUGUCAGCGCUGUUAAGUGCCGCAAUAUUUCGACACGCGAAAGUCGUUUUUCCUUCAAACCCUGAUGUCAAACCUAACGUGGAACGUAGUGCGCUAGAAAGCGGAUCUGAACCGGUACCAAUCGCACUAUGCAUUACGUUAGUUCCGACGUAAGGAUCAGAAGAAAAAAAUAAUUUUCAUGCAUCGAAAAUUCCAACUUCCAAUUACGCAAACAAUACCGUCGUUCGGAGUAACAAUGGUCCAUCGAUCCCACGGAUUCAAUAUACACGGUAAAAAAUCUGCACUGUGAUAUAAACUGAUUGGCACUUGAAUUCGCACUACUGUUCAAUCAGUUUGUUAUCAAUUACAUAUCAUUUGACAAAGAACAUCCAAUGCCUCUUCAAUUUUAAUGUAACUUCACAUCAAUUCGUUGUUGACAAUGUUUUGAUUUCAAAACUAAAAUUAAAAAAAAAAUGUGUACAGCCGCACCCAGAUUCGAUACCAGGACCUUUAGAGUCACGACCAACUAUUUUACCACUACACUGCUUAACAUCUGUUAGAGAGGUGCGAAUCGAAGCGAAGUACUUUCUGGACAAACUUCUUGAAAUCCCGCUUCAACAGUGCAUCAGAACUUCAGACGCACACAUUUCAAGAAGCAAGCUUCGAACAACAGUGCAUUGCAUUAUUCUGUUCUUGCUCACUUGUAAUUAGCUUAAAAUAAGAAGAUCAGGUGCGUUAGUUAAGUUUACUAAGAGAUUUGUGCGCUCAAAAUCGUGAGUAGGUGACAAAGUCGGCCAUUGUGGCGGCCAUUUUGGGAUUAUAACAAGUCUGCCCUUCUACCGCCUGUCAUAUAUAUUUACUUUCAUGCCCAAAACAGUCAUUACCAAAUCAACAACUUUUCACUUUGGAUCGUAUUGCUUUUCACAGUAGUGCAAAUCGAAGGGAUUUUCUGUUGAUUUCUCUGGUGGGUUUGUUUUGGUCCUCAAAUCAACACUGACAGCAUUGCGAUCUCAAAGGAAAAGCACUUCUGAUCAUGUUGAUUACGACAUUGAAUAGUUGAGGGAUUUUUCCCUUACAUCUAGCGUGCAGAAUUUUUACCGUGUAAGUCAGAGAAUCCGACGGUGGAUGCAAAGUAUCUUAGAAUUAUGUCGCAGUGGAAAUGUACCCAACAGGAAAAAAAAAUGUAUUCUAGUAGUAUUGCACACAAUAUGCAUUUCCGACGUAUUCUAGAACGUGCGAUAUAGUGGCCCAACGUCAUCCCGCUUUGGCCCAAUGUCACCCUGCACGACGGUACCCUUGGAUUAAGACCGACCGCAACAGCACCCACUACGAAACCCGCCACCCCACCCCAAACUUACGUUUUUGCACGAUCUUGCCCUUGCCCCCGGGUACAUGAAUCACCAGCUCUUGAUUGAGUCUCGACCGCAACUGAAGCGGCCGCCGCAGUUCCUCCUUUAGCACUUCGAGAUUCCAGCCGACCCACAGGGACACCUCCGGCCGGGUGAUUUCUGUACUAAUUACUGGCUGGUUUCUGUGGAAAUUUUAACACUAAACAACACAACUCAAGCAUAAUUUUUCAAAUCGACGUAUCUAACUUUUUCACUGAUCUGAGUAAAUUCAUGGUCAAUGUUGACGAACAUUUCACUAAAAUAGUUUUUUAUAAAAAGACUUUUCAUAAGUUUUUUCGUGCUUAACAUCACCAGGGAUAUUGCACGCACUAGGUAAGAAACAAAACCUACUCAUUCCAUAUAAUUUUCACAAUUUUUUUUUUUUUUUUUUUUUUUUUUUAUUUGUGAAUUUUAACUUAUUGCUAAUUCUUCACACAAUUUUCACAAUGAAUUUUGACAAAAAUACACAUACACCGGGUUAGUUAGAGAUACGUCAUACCAGAUACGUCGCUUUUGUAUGGUGCCAGUUUGGUGUAUCUGUUACUUUUGAUUUUGGCUAGAUACGUCGUUUGGUUUUCUCAUAUAUCAAAACGGUGUAUCUAUCAGUGAAGUUGUAAACAUCAAAAUAUUUAGAUACGUCGUUUCGAAAAAUAUGCUUAGUUAAACAAAUUAAGCAAUAAAUCAUCAAACAGUGAUGUGGGUUCUUCAAUUUGCUUUAUGAAUCAUGCAUGCAGCAGUUAACCCGGAUUUGUUUACAUUCUCGAGUUACGUCGGAUUGAAAAAUUAUGCUUAAACUCACAAUAAUUUUAUGUUUAAAACGGCAACAACUAUUUAUCAUUGAUAAAUAAAUAAGCGCACACUUCUGACUUGACUUCGAACUGGAUGACACUUCUCGCGCAACAUUUGAAAAAGUCAUAUCUUCUGAAUGUAAACAUUGAUAACAUUAAUAACAUCAUUGAUGUAGGUAUUUUCCAUCGCAUUGUUAACGGGUUCAUUCGCAUAUUACGUAACGCUAAGAGGGAAGGGAGAAGCGUACCGCUGCGUUACGCUCCAUACAAAUAUUCAAAAAAUUGCAUACAAAAUAAUUUGUUACGUGAGGGAGAGAAGGGGUCUAAGAUUUGGAAAUAUUGCGUUGCGUAAUAUGCGUAUGAACCCAAAUGGCUCAAAGGCACAGCGGCCGAUUGCACGCAGCAACCAUGUCUCUUUGACCCUCAAGUGCAUCGCAUUCAAGAUCAGAGUUCAUUGUCAGCAUGAUGGACAGCACAAGUUUGACACUUGAUUGCUUUGUAAUUACUUGCCAAUGUUUUUAUGGUUGUACUGUGAAAUACGAAUCCAAAAUGUGAAGGAAAAUGCUAACAUCCAAAAUUCUCAAUGAUUACAUUUUGAGCAUAGGCCAUUUUCAAAUGGAACGCGUGAAGUAUGAAUGCUAUUCAGUGUGGGUGGUCAGUGGUAAAAGUUUGUUGUGUUUAUGUGUUGAAAUUCCCACAAAAAUGUCGCAGCCGUAAGGAAAAAAUGCCAGAGCUGGCCAGAGGACUUGCUUCCCUGUGGGGCGAUGAAAUCCGGCCCUAAUAAUCUCCAGGUUUGUGCUGGAAGAAAAGCCGCCUGCCGUUGCAGCUGCCGUAGAGCACAAUCAAGAUCCGGUGUGUGUCGUCGACCAGAAUUGUGUCGGAACGGUCGGAAUCUGUUGUGAUCUAUAUUUAUGAUGAUGGCCGAUCGGUAAGUUUGAAUGGGGUGGAGGGCUAAGAGCUUUCUAAAGUUGAGCCACUAAAUAGUCAUAUAUCAUCGUGCGGAGUGACAAUGGGCCACUGUUUCGCACAUUUAGAAUACGACGAAAAUGCAUAUUAUGUGCUAGACUACUAGAAUACAUAAUUCCGGAGAAAUUCGCGAAAAGGUCGUAACUGACAAAAUAUACACAAUUUAAGUGAUUAUAAGAGUAAAAAGAGGCUAGAUUUUCCUACUAAAUACUCACAAACUUUCCUUGAUGUCACUUGUAAUCUUCCUCAGUGUUAGUUAUCAACUAGUUUUAGUCGAAAUACGCGCAUCUGUCAAAGGAUAAGCAUAACAGAGCGGAGUUGAAAGGUACAAAACUGGUUACACUCAUUCGAAGAGGGUAUUCUGCUAAGAGAGUUCGAAAAGUCGGUAUAAGGUUCAAUCUUAUCUUACAGCAUUAAACCCAAUGGAAGCAGUGGCUCAAAGGCUCUACAGAUAAGGGAUAAAAAAAAAACCAAUUCUCAACUACUAUCAAAUUAUCAUUAUCUUUCUUAUCACGGUUCUACUAACCUUUCCAUUCCCGACUGAGUUUUCACCGCUAGACUCAGAACUGCAGCGGAAGCGUUUCCAACCACUUGAACAUGGCAGCUGUUUUCAGUCAUGCUUUCGGAAGAGUUCCGGAACAUGGUCUUCGUUCUUCUAGAAAUCCUACGUUUUUUGGCAUCCUGUCUCUUCACAACACAUGCUGUACUAUUUGCAGUGAAUCUUGCUGAGCACACGGUCAUGCCCAGGGACCAUGGAAGUUUCGCCAUAGUAAAUUUUGCUGUAGUUCCAUCUGCAACAAAAGGCGCCCAGACUUAAACGACAGCCAACCGUCUGGAGGACGGAUGGAUCAGCUCCCUACGGCUGUAGAUAUUGAAUCUAAACGCCUCCUCACAUAUCCACUAUCCAGUUUGUGCUUCAUUAUUGCUACCGGCAGUUUUCGUCCCCGAAUUACGCUGCAACACAAAUAGUAAACCCCCCAAUUUCCCAUCACUUUCACACACAUCCCCUUUCUUAACACGCACUAUCAGGAUAGAAACGAAUCACUUCCAGAUCCUUUGUAGGUAGGAUCUUUCCACUUCACAAUAACCAUUGCACUGCACCCACAUCUUCCGAUUCUGAUGUUGCUUCUGCCGGUAGCGUUUUUCGAGGCGGGUUUCCCCGUCGGAAAUGUUUUACUCCACUGCUUCGGCCUUUGGAGCGGGGAAUUGAGCACCAGAGGGACCGGAACGUUUUGAUUCGGCGACAGCCGCGGUGGAUGUUUACCGGCAAUGUAGUUUUAGAUCCGUUGCGACUCAAUCUCCGGGAACUACGGCGCGGCGGAGGAACGAAAACAAAUUAAAUAACUCGCGAAUCGCAAACGACGACCGACGAAAACAAACUCUCUAAAAUAAAAGCUCUCAUUUUUGAGUAGCGCCCAUGCCGCACAGGGACUGUGUUGCACUCAGCGAAAAAAACUAGCGAAAUUCAUCGGAAUACCUUAUGAAAAUUUGCUAUAACUAAUUGGCUUCUUUAGCGAUGUUGAGAUAAUCCCAUAUUCUGAAUCUGCAUGCGAAACUGAGCCGAAAUCCAAUUUUUCAUGAAUUUUGGUGUCCGGGAACCAAUUUAAAAAUCAAUUUGAAGUUUGUAUGGGAGCGAUUUGUCGAAUCACCCCUCGUCGCAUUUUGUACUGGGUGGAGCUGUCAAACAGUUACCAAGCUGUCAAAAGGUGAUUUCGAUAAAUCUCUUUGAAAUUAAUUUUAGGUACCAAAAUAAAGUUCUAAAAAUCUGAAAAAAAUCAUAGUGGCUCAGAAAAAGGUGCUCUUUCGUAUAAAAUAAAAAAAUCGAUACAUUUUUCUUAAUUUAAAAACCCAAUUCUUAUGGAUGACUUAAGAAUACCUUAUGAAAAUUGAUCGUGCUUACUAUGACAAAUUUCAUAAGAUAGACUUAUGAAAAGAACAAAAAAAUCUUAAAAUGAUGCAAACUGGAUUCGAUCCAUGAACGUCGGGAUCACCGAGCCCGUGUUUUAUCCACACGGCUACCGACGCUUGAGUAUACCAUGUUGCUAAACAUGAAUAAAAGCCAAGCUGUGAGACGAUUUUACGUCAUAGAGUGACCUUAUGAAAUUCAUCCGAAUCAUUAUGAAUUAUUUAAAGGCCGUUUCAUAAGUUGGGCCUUAUGGAAAUCUUAAGGUUAUUUGGCUGAGUGUGGAAACACACAUUUUUUAAAAUUGCUCGUACGCUCACAUUUUUGCAAAAUAUCAAUAUUUUUCGGUAUUUGAAGGUGGUUUAUAAACCCAGUGAGGUUGCCAUGUCGAAAUUAUUGCAAAAUACAUGCUCAUGUGAGCGUACGAGCAAUUUAAAAAAAAUGUGUGUUUCCAACACAGUCAUGUGCGGCAUGGAUGUUUACUAAAAAUGUGCAGGCCGAACACAUUUUUGAGCGUAGCCGUUUUUGCGUGAAUAUGUCCGACGCUUGUUCUCUGACGUUUGGCUGCACCGUGAGGGCUGUUUAGGCAAAAUCGUGUAAAAUUAAUUGUGUUUCAGCUGAAAUUUAACACAUAAUGACGUAAUUCUAGAUUGAGUUUAAAUAAGGGCGAAAGUAACAUGAGAGAGUUCUCUUCAUCGACUCUCUCUUCUGCAAAUUAAAGUGACAAGAUGCAAAUUCAAUCGAACAUUUUUACACUUAGACGCUAGAUUGCAUCGCAACCUAGCGAUUUAUGACCAAAAAGUUCAACAAUACUUGCAUCUUGUCACUUUAAUUUGAAGAAGAGAGAGUCGAUGAAGAGAACUCUCUCAUGUUACUUUCGCCCUUAUUUAAACUCAAUCUAGAAUUGACCAAUCCAAUUUCCUAUGUGGUAGUGGUUUGUGUUCAGAUUUCCCGUGUUAAUCUAUCUGUAAGAACUUUGUAAACAUCUUUUGUUCUCACGUAUAUGGAUAGGCUUGCAUUAGGUUUCGUGAGACAUUUUUUGGACAACUCAAUGUUGAUGGAAUUCAUGAUAUAUAAUAAUAUAUAUUAUCUCAACUGAAUAUGUAACUUUACACGAAUAAUAGCGCAAACUUACAUUUGGGAAGUGAUUACACGAUGCGCUUUUAAGCGUGAAUCGAGAUUAAACUCUGAUUAUUUUUAAAUAUUUUUUUCUGUGAUAAUUAAUUAACCUAUUUUUUUUUUAAUAUAAAAUUUAACGAAAUUAUGGUCUCACUUAUUAACACUGUAUUUAAGUAAUUCAUAACAGAUGGUGAAUGAGUAUAACUAAACUAUGCUAUGAUGUAUUAUCGAUGUAUAGUUUUUCUUCUAUUAGUCUAGCUUAAAAUUCUAUUAGUCUUAGCUUAAAAUCACAAAAAUAUAAUAAUGGAACCAACUUCAUUCGAGGUGUAACAAGUUAUUUACGGGACGUUUUGGAUCAGCGCAUGUUAUGAAUCAAAAUUUGACAGAAGAUGGUGGCGUACGAUCUGAAGCUAAUAUCAAUAUUGUUUCAUUUCUCGUUUCCUUAUAUGGACAAUUCUAACAACAUGUUUGAUUGCAAACAUGUGUCGUCAUGCGUGGCAAAAAUAGUUUUAAUAGUAGAACUUGUUAUUUACUUAUCACUGAUAAAUCAACAAGUAGCAUAACCAAGAGCAUAAGAAUACCAACAUAUGCUCUAAUAACUGAAAUUGUUAUUAUAAUGUUCUCAUAACAUUUUGUAGGAUACCAUCGCAAAAUCAAUUUGAGAUAUUAUAGCAAAGGUUGGUAUUGAUAUGGUAUUAAUUAGGUAUUCCCUUCUGCUCGGGUAACCUAGAAUGUGCAGAAAAAACUUUAUCGAAGACCGCAAAGUAUGAUCUGUGAAUGUGUAAAAUUUAUAUCUUAGGGGCUGUCCAUAAACCACGUGGUCAUGGGGGGGGGUUCGGCCAAUGACCAUUUUGUAUGGAAGAAAAAACAAUUUGUAUGGACUAAUGACCACGCGGAAGUCCCAAAAAAAUGACCACGUGGUUUAUGGACAGCCCCUUAGCUUGUUAGUAUCGUCUUGAUAUUGAUCAGCUCCCAAUGUUAGUGAAGGUACUCAAGCUGUCAACUGAGAAAUCUGAUAUUAUUCAGCUCUGCUUAUACGCUGAACACAACGUCGGAGUAUGUGCCAUCAAUAAGUUUUAAGUCAAUUCAAUGAUGGCUUUGAUAAAAUGCUUGCUUUUCUUAAAAAAUAUCAGGAUUCAGGAACACUUUGACUUACGUCGAUGGAAAGAUCGUGAGAACAUAUACGACGAGAAAGGCACUAUCACCUCUAGGUGGAUUAAUUUGGGUUUUUUUUCCUGGGUUUGUGUAUUUACCGAUGGAAAAUAUUUACACUUUUUGCCAAAAAUCGUUCUGGAAAUUGAUAGCACAACCGGCAUCAUUUCCGUAUUUAAACUUUGGGUGCGGCUACCCCGGGGCUGGGUGACAUCCAGUGGGACGUGUUGUGCAUUAAUGAAUUGUGCUUUACAUGUUAAACCAGUAAGGUGUAAGGCAUGAAAUGGGUCGCAUAGUUCCUAAGAAUUGAUCAGAUUCCGGGCUAAAAAAUGUCGUUGAUAAAGAUAAAAAAAAUCGCCGGGGCCCGUAGCGUAGCGGCUACACGUUCACUUCAUUAGUGGAUGGUCAUGGGUUUGAUCUCAGCCCCGGCACUUGCAAUUUAACUUCAGUUGCUCUAACACCCCCCCCCCCCCCGGAGAGCGCCUGACUCUUGACCCUCUUCUAAGCAUAUGCUCAAACGGACCAGAAAACUUUUAUAGCGGCUAACAGCAACUCAUAAUGGACCCCCAAUCAGACUGGAAAAGUAACAAGAGCCACAACAUCCUCGUUCUCAUCAUUCUACCAUGGGCAAGCUAGAAAGUGACAGCAGCGCAAAGACAACCAGUUCGAUAUAGUAGAAUAAGAAGAGAAUACAUUUAGGCGCUGUACAAAGUGUUAGUGUAGUUGCCAAUUGGAAUUGCUCACGCAGUGCCCUAGUGGACAAAAAGAGCUGUAAAUUAGGUCAAAUGGUUGAAGAAUAAAAAAAAAAGAAGCAAAAAAUCCUCCAGGAGUUUUCAAACGAAUUUUCUCUUUCCCCACACAUUCCACAAAAAAUAAAAAAUAAAUGGAUUGCUAAUACGAUAAUUCGGUUCUACUGAGUAAUACAAUAAGUUACGCCAAUUUUUUUUCAGAAUUCUUCACGGAUUGUUUUGUAAAUGCUUCCAUGAAUUUCUUUAGAAAUUCCUCUACAGUUUCCUUCAGAAAUUUCACCAAGAAUUUUUCCAGAAAACCUUCCAUUCUUAAGGCUAGUUUCCACUUGGUAAAUACUGUGUAAAAAGGAUACGACAUGUAAUGGUCACGUAAAACUUUUGCAAUCGAAAUUACUUAGGCUUUCGCAGUUGACAAGUAUUUUGCACACAGAUCGAAAAGAUAGUUUAAAUUUCUAUGACAUAUAAAGCACAUAAUUGGAGCGUGGGAUAUCACAGAAGUUUACAUGACAUAUUAUGUAAAAGUCAAAAAAUAUCAUGUAAACUUCCAUUAUAUGUCAUGUAAUUCAUCAUGACUCUGUGUGUUUACAUGACAUAUAACAUAAAUUUACAUGAUAUAUCAUGUAAACCAUCAUAACACUAAGUCUACACGACUAAAAUGAAGUUUACAUGACGUGUAAAUCUCAUUAUUUUUAUCUGUGCAGUUGGAAAGAUUGCGCGCUUCUGAGCUGAGAAGUGAGUGUAACUCUUUGCAAGUGAGUGUUCCCAUCCCUGCCCAAGGGAUCUCUGACAGUUUUUCCAGAAGUUGCUAGCAAAUUCCCCCGGAGUUCCUCUUCUCGAUUUCCAUAGAAAGUUCUCUGGGAAGUUCUCCACAAUUUGCUGCAGCUGUUUUACAUGAAUUCAUUCACAAACUGCUCAGGAAUAUCUUCAGGAGUUCCUAAAAAAUCUUCCAGGAGAACUGUUGGACGAAUUUCAAAGGAAUCUCCGAGAAACUGCUGAAGGAAUUCCCGAGAAACGCCCAAGGAACUUCUGAAAGAAUUCCUGAGGAACUCCUGGAGGAACUUCUGAGGGGUUCCUGGAUGAAUUCCCGAGGAACUCCCGAUGACCUCCUGGAGGAAUUCUCGGAGAAUUCUCAGGGAGUUCCUGGAGGGAUUGCCGGAGUACUCCUGCAGGUAUUCUCGGAGAUUUUUUGUAUGAAUUUCCGGAGAAAUACUGGAUAAAUUCCCGGGAAACUACUAAAGGAAUUCCCGGGGAACUCUUAGAGUAAUUCCUGGAGGAAUCCUGGAGAAAUUCGCGGGGAACUUCAGGAAGGAUUUCCUGGGAACUCCAAGUGGAAUUCCUGAGGUACUCCUUUGGAAAUUUCAGGAGGAAUUUCCGGAAAACUUUUUCGUAAAUUCCUGGGGAACUCCUGGGGGUAUUCUCGGAGAAUUUAUGGAGGAAUUCCGGGGGAACUCAUGAAGUAAUUCUCGGAGAACUCCUGGUGGAAUGCCCGGGGAACUAUGGAGGAUUCUUUUAGAAACUUGUGCAAAUAUAUUUAGGGAACUACUGGAUUAGUUGAAUCUUGAACUCCUAAAACCAAUUUAGUGGAAAUCCUGGAGAGUAUUUUGGGAUCAUUUAUGAAGGAAUUACCGUAGAGGAAUUCCUUGGAAAGUCCUGGAGGGGUUUGGCCAAAAAUGCUGGAGGAAUUCUUGUGGAAUUUCUAGAAAUAUCCCGUUUAAUUCUUGGAAAUAUUCCUGGGAAAGCCAUGGAGGUAUUCCCGGUAGUUCUUGUAGGAAUUUCCUAGGAACUCCUAGAGGGGUUCUCGUGGAACUCCUGAAGGACUAUCCGGGGUGCUUCUGAAAGAAGUUCUGUGUAGAUUCUGAAGAAAUUCUCAGGGUUAUUAUGUAGGAAUUUCCGGAAAUCUCUUAUCAAUUAUUGGGAAACUGCUUAAGACAAUUUUAGAAUCAAUUCUCAGAAGUAUCACAGAGGGAAUUCUGGAGGAACUCUAGGAAAAAACCCAGAAAGUGCUUCUGGAAAAAUCUCAAAAGAAACUUUGUCGAAAUUCUUAAAGAAACGACUUGAAAAUUUCCUGAAGGAACUUCUGGAAAAAAUUCAGAAGCAUAGCAAAAAAGCCUGGGGAAUUCCAAAAAGUAAUUAUUUAAGGAGUCCCACAAGGAACUCCUGUAGGAAUUGUCAAUUUUAUUACUGGAUUCUUUCUUCAGAUAUUCUUUACAUCCUUCUUACAUUGGGGUCUCCAGUUAGCUUAGUGGUUGAGGCUGUGAACUGCCAAUCCGAGGACGGCGGGUAGGAUUCGAAUUCUAAUCAGGAAAAUUUUUGCGACUCCCUGGGCAUAGUGUAUCAUUGUAAUUGCCUCACAAUACACAAAUUCAUGCAAUGGCAUACAAAGAAAGCCCUUCAAUUAAUAACUGUGGAAGUGCCCGAAGAACACUUAGUUGAAGAGAGGCAAGUCAAAUUUCAGUGAGAACUUCGAGCCAUAAAGAAGAGGGUGUCUACUACCUGGAAAAACCAGGGAAACCGGGAAUACUCAGGCAAUUUUAUUUAACAGGGAAACACCUGGAAUACUCAGGGAAUAUCUUGAGUGGGAAGGAUAUUCAGGAUCUGCAUGGAUAUCCGUCGAACACAAUGAGGGCUCCUAGACUUAGCAGAUAUUUCCAACAAGCCUACAAUUCCGAUAAGAUGUUGCAAAUUGCACGCGGAUGUAGAUGCACUUGGAAGUAAAAAUCCAUCUAGAAAUUCCACUGCAAGGAUAUUUCCAGAAAUUCCGUCAGGGUUCUUUAGAAAUAUCUCCUGGAAUGCCUCCCAAGAUUUCUCACAAGAUUCCUUCCGUAUUUCUUACACCAUUUUUCUUGGUAUUACUUUUUGAAAUUUUAUUGGAUAGGCAUACUUCCGGAUAUAUUCCAGCCCUUUUUGCAGUCUUCCUGAACUCCGACAGAUUUCUCCUGGAGUUUUUCAUGGGGAUGCUAUCAAAUCUAUUAUCGUUUUUGCUCAAAGAGCCUCUUGUGGGAUAUUUCCCGGAGUUCCUUCUGCGUUUUGCUGAAAGAAAUUUUCGUAGGAUUUGUACCUGAAUUUAUCCCAAAUUCUCUAUAAGAAUUCUUAUAGGGAUAAAUCUUAGAAAGAGACGAACCAGCCAAGGGCUGAAAGUCUCUUAAAUAAAGGCAAAUCAAUCAAUCAAUCAAAUCUUAGAAGUUGUCGCGGAAUUUCUCAAAGAAUAACUCUGAGGAUUUUUUCUUGGAGAUUUUACGUGAUUGAUUCCGGUGUUCUUCUUGGGACUUCUCCAGGAAAUCUUCCAAGACUUUUCUCAGAGUUGCUACAAAAGUUAUGUCUGUGAUUUCCACAAGAGUUCCUCAAAAGAUAUCAUAGGGAGUUUUUCAUGUUUUUUUUUCAGAGUUCCUCCCGAGAUUUCUUCCAAAGUGUUUCAUGUAUUUUUUUUCUACAGGAGUUGCAGGUUUUCACGUAAGAUUCCUUCCCGUUUUUCUGAAUUUACCCUUGACUUUCUCCUGACAUUUUUUUUUCCGGAAUGCCUUCUAGGAUUUCUGCAGGAGCUAUUGCUGAUAUUUCGCAUUGAUUUUAUCCCGUAAUUACUUUCAGGGCCAGGCUUUUUCUCGUAGUUGUACCGGUUUUCUUGCAGUGAUCCACCUGAGAUUAUUUUUACAGAUUUUCUAUGCAAAAUUCUCAGAACUCUUUCCGGGAUCUUUAAGAUUCUGGAUACUUCUUUAGUGUUUUUUUAUAGGUAUUUCCAGAGUUAUAGCGGGGAUUUUUCCACAGGUUUUCGCAACUUCAGAAAAAAAAACCUGAGAAAAAAGAACGAGAAAUACUCAUUCAAAGUCGUGGGAAGGAAAGGGCUAAGGACAUCCAAGAAAGAACUCUGAAAACCUCAUUCUAAUCCUGGGAACAGCCACGGGUGAAAUUCCAUGAGAAAUUCCAAGAAAAUUGUAGGAAGACUAUCGGUAGAAAUCCCCCGAGAUGAACUGUUGCAAAGCUAUCCCGGAAAACCACUUAGUAAAAUUCGUGAAAGAUAUUUGAAUAUUUUUGGAUGGAUAUUAAGGAGGAAUCCAGCGAGAAAUACUGGAAGCGUAUCGGAAAAACUCUGGAACAAAUAUCGGAAGGUACUCCGUGGUAUUCACGUGAAAAACUUCUGCGCAUAUCCAGGAAGGAACUCUGGUAGAAAUCCCAGGAACAACUCUCAGAAAUCUUGCAAGAUCUUUACCUUAUGUUUGGGGAUAUUGUUGUGUAGUUUUCGAAAAAUGUAUAUUUUUAGGAAAAUUUGUGUUAUGUUUUGAAUUAUAAACUUUCAAUAUUCCCCCUGGGAAAACCUGGAAAACACAGGCAAUUUCAUUUUGGGUUAUGAGGGAGCUUCCUACAAUCAUCAUAAAACCAAAAUAAAAGGUAUUAGGUUUUAUUAUGGUUCUAAAAACCUCUACAAGACUAGUUGGCCAUCAACUCGAUUUUAAACAGCACAAAUCUAAAGAAGCAAAUGAUAGUUUGCACUGAAAAGUGGAUCAAUUGUGGGUGGCCACUCGAUCAACUGUCAUUUCGAUCUGUGCUCUUGAAAAAUCAAGGAUGGCUUCCUCAUAUCUUUACUCCAUGGAUUAUUUCAGAAAUUUCACCAGGGAUUCUUUCAGAAAACCAACCAAACAGAUUCCAGAUAUUUUAGAGCGAUUGUUUUUUUUUCCAAAAUAUCGAGGUUUCGAAAAAUCUACAAAAAAUUCUCCAGGGAUUACUUCAAAAAAUCUUCCAAAUAUUCCUACUGAAAUAAUUUUCAGGAAUGUCUGUAGAAGUUCUCCCAGAUAUUAGUUCAGAAAUUUCUCCGGAAAUUUUCUUGUGAACUUCAAUGAAGAACCUUCUAAAGAUUACUUUUAAAUUUCCUUCGAUAAUCGUCCAUUUUCAAUCCCCGUCCUCCUUUAAUCCCAUCCCUCCGCAAAGCAUGACGUAAUUAAUAGACGUUUUCCUUUCAGAAAAAAAAACUCCAGAAAUUCCAUGAUAAUGUAAUCCAUAGAUUCAUUCAGGAACUCCUCGAUCGGUUUCUUCAAAAAUUUAUUCAGCGUUUCUUCAAUGAAUUUCUCCAAUGCUCCAAGCAAGUGUUCCCCCAGAGAUUCCUGCAGAAAUUCAUACAAAGAUGCCUUCAGCAGUUCCUCCGGGUAUUCCUCUAUGCAUUUUCCUGAUAAUUCCUCCAGGAUUCCUUCUAAGGAUACCUUUAAGAAUUUUUACUUAGAUUUUUUCAGGAAAUUAAGAAAAUUUCUCGGAAAUAAUCCCUAGGAUUUCUACAGAUUUUUUUUUUUAAUUUCUCAUGAGAUUUUUAUAUUUUGCUUCACAGAAGUUUAAGAGUUUCUCCAAAGAUUUCUCCAGGGAUAUCCUGUAAACGUCCACGCCUUUUUCCUGGAAUUCUUUUAGAAAAUCCUUAUAUUUUGUAAGAGGCUUCCCCCAGAAAUUAUACUAAAUAUUUCUUGGUAAGUUCUUCUAUGAAUUCCACCAAGGGUUCCUCCAGGAGUUUUUAAGGUAUUCCUCAUGGAAUACCUGCAACUCCUUCAAGGAUUCAUUCGAAAAUUUUCCGGAGAUUCUUUCAGAUAUUUCUCCAAGGCACUCUUUUAAGAAUAUCCUCAGAGAUUUCUACAAGGAUUAGAAAAGAACCCUUCAAGGAUUAUUUUUACGAAUUACUCCACGGAUUCUAACUUAUACUUCUUCAGGAAUUCCCUCAAACAUAUUACCAUAGACAAGGAUUUUUCCAUAAUUGUAAGCAAGGGUUUUCAUCAAAAAAUCUUCCAUUGAUUUUUUUUUUCGGAAAUUCCUCUUAAGUUUUUUUAAAUAAAUUUUCUGUAUUUUUUUUUCGGAAAUUCUCACAAAGGCUCCUGCAGGACCCUUAGAAAAUUUCGUAAAGGAUUACUAAGGAAAUUUCAAGAAAGAACUGCUCCCGCUAUUCCUUCAGAAAUAUUCCUUAACUGGAGCGUCCAUGUUGGAAUGUUGGAAAAGCAAUGGUGGAAGAUUCCAAAAACAGGGACCGAAUUCUAGACCGCCCGAUAGGUAGGAGAUUGUCCGCAUCACGACGGUUGAAAACCGAACGGACUCAAUCUAUACCAAAACUUCCGCAUGACAUUUUUGAGUUUAGCAAAGCCAUCUUGACUAGGAAACCUUGACCGAUUGAACCCUUGAAAAAGGUCCCAUACGGACCGAAACGUCGGGAAAAAUCAUAAAUUAGUGUUUUCGAUUCCCCAAAAGACUGCAAAGCCAACAUUCCGAAUGCAAAAUGUUGGUGUAAGUGGACAAAAAUACUUUAAAAAAAUCUGAAAUCGUCCCUAGAGGAUUUUUUGUAGCAAAUCCGGCUGCAAUUAAAAAAAAAUCUGGAAGAAUUCUUGGUGGAAUUGUUAAACUAUAUUUCUAAAGAAAAUGAAAUUAUCGAAGGAAUCUCUCAAGGACUGCCUCAAAAUCUUGAGAAUGCUCUGCAGUAAUUACAAGAAUUUCUUGAAAUAUUUUUGGAGAAACCAAUCCCGUAGUAAUUUCUGAAAGAAUUCUUGAAGUAUCCCCGGUAAAACUGAUCUUGACUUUCUUGGGCAUAGAGGAAUAUUCGUGCCUACCACACGAUAAAAAAAUACAAAGGAUCAUUUAUAGGAAAUGCUCCCGGUUAAUAACUAUGCAAGUACUUGUAGAACACUGAGCUGAGGAACAGGCUUAAUUUCAAUGGAGACGUUACGUGAAGAAGAAGGAGAAGCAUGUAAUUCAAACUAAGAAAUAGUUACCCAUUUCGAUUACGAUCUAAGUGCCCCCCUAACGGGUUUCCAAAAUCACGUCUUCCAUAACACGCACCAGAACCAUCACUCUUUGCGACUCACAAAAGACCUUUCAACGGACAUUAGCCAUAAACGCCCACCACCACCACCCGAAGUAAGAAGGAUAACGACUCGAGACGACUUUGCUGACUAACAUAUGGUAUCGCAUCGCUCUAGAUAGGGCCUUGCGUGCCAGCCACCUUCCUUCUCCGCGCCCACAAGGAGUCGUUCAGCUUCGUUAAUCGAUGAUUUGGACCCAAUGAAUUAUGCAGAAGCGUUGGUGCCCAUCGAUGGCCUGGCCAUACGCCGGCCGUGUCUCGUCGCCGCCCGUGAGCCAUAUGGAUGGGCCAAAUGUUGUUGUUUCCCUUUGGCACCUUUUCCGAGAGUGUGAUGUGCCGGAUCAUCGAGGGUAUCAUUGGGAGUAAUCGGUGUAAAAUGCUCGACUCGGAAUGGAGUUUUCAACCUUCGUCAUCUAAAAAUAUGCCAUUUUAACUUUGUUAUGAUCUUCUGCUUUAUGAAAUUCAACUAGCUUAAAUACAAUUGACAGUAAUAAAAUAAUCUUUCUCAUCUUUAAAUUUCGGUAACUUUACUAGCUCUCAAUAGUAAUGCUUGAAAAGUUGACAACAAUCUUAUUUUAUUUGGAUGUCAAAUAAUCAUUUUUUUGUUUGUUUAUAUCUAAAAAUCCUGGCUGGAGGUCUUGUUCUAAAAAUCCGUAUUGCGAGACCAUAUUUUGGUAAAAACCCCCAACAGGCGCAAUUGUAGAUAUAGUAGAUUGUCUAUUGCGAACACAAGAGCAAAGUGGGGUCUUGAGCGAAAAAGGUGCACCUCACCCCGAUCUUCCGCGAUAAGCAAAAUUUCGGGCACGUUCUCAAUCUGCGGACGGUAUGGGGCUAUUAUUUUCACAUUUUCACGCUCGCCUCGCAUCACUAUUAUGUACUGUCUUGCGUUGCUGAUGCGAGUUGGACAUCACCCGGAUAAAAAAUUACCAUUCAUUACAUGGUAAAUAUUAUUAACAAAGGACUGGUUUUAUUGUUCACAAUAAAAUACAUAGUAGAUAUAUUGUUACUUUUUACAAUAGAAAUCAAGCCCAUAUAGUUUGUACAAUAAGUGAACAUUAGCUUUAUUAGUGACUAAUUGAUUCGGUUGUUUUUCAAUAGUUCUAUAAUAAUUUAAAGUUACUAUCAGUAAAAAUUAAUUUAAGUUGUUUUUAAAUAGUUGCAAAAGUGCCUGCAAAGUUCUCAUGGACUUUUUAUUAAAAAAGAGUUUAUUUCUCAAUUACACUUAAAAACAAUUCGUAACAAAUAAAUAACAAUAAAUAUUAUUGUUGCUUGGAUCAUGUUUGUAUAAUCAAAUACAAAAUCCCUUGACAUAUUUUUUAUAGUUUUCGUUUUAAAUUUGAGUACAGUAGAUGUUUCGGUUUUCGAAUGUUAUUCGCUAAAACUUCAACGACUGACAGACGUCAAGCCGUGUUGGCAGAGGAAGCUCUCAAUGAAUAACUGAGGAAGUACUUAUAGAAAACUAGCUGAAAAGCAGGUUUAGCCAAGUAAGGAUGUUACGACAAGAAAAAGAUGAACAAUGAUUUUUCUAAUGUUUUCCAAUAAAUUAAAGGAAUCUAGUAAAUAGUAAACUACCAUUGAUAACAAUACAAAUACAAUUAGUUUAAUGGGGUCAAUUGAACCGAUGUUAAAAUAAACAUGCAAUAAUAUUUGUUGUUAUGUUAACAGAUUUCGCCUUUGAAAAACCAAAGAAUUUAUAUUUCUCGGUAACAUUUUUCUCCAGCAUUUACAGAUACUAAUGGCCACAUGAAUUGUGAACGAUGUAUGGUAUGGAUCAUACGACCUGAGGUCUGACUUGCGAUAUUUGGCAGUUAUUUGAAAAGAUUGAAGAUAGAUCUUAUCAACAGCUGCCAAGCAAUACAUACCAGACAGACAUCAGAGUGUUUGAUUCUUAUCAUAAAAUGUGCAUAUCAUUCUGGCGGACGUUAGUGCUCGUAAAUGCUAGAUAUAAAUGUUAACGGGAAAUAUAAAUUCUAUGGAUUUUCAAAAGCGAGAACUGCUUACAAAUAACAACAAAUAUUCUUGUAUUUUUAUUGUAACAACGAUUCAUUUGACGCCAUUCAAUUAAUUGUAUUUGUAUUGUAAGAACAAUGAAAAAACAUUAAGAUAUAUUGUUAUCUUUUGAAAAUUGCCCUAAAAAUGUCUCAUAAAAACACAAUACAUUCUAUUGUUUUUCGCGAAAAAGUGUAUGAAAAUUUUCUCAAAAUUUUAUGGUUAAGAUACAUAACGACCACCAUUUUUUAUUGUAAAAGUGCCAUUUACCAUUCGCCGAAUGGUAUAGAACAAUAGAGGUGAUGGUGAGUGUGUUGUGCAAAUUACAAUACGUUUAAUGGUGAAUAAUUUUCGAAGAAAUGGUGUUGUAACAAUAAAAUUUAUCAUAUUUUUAUGAUAUUUUUUAUCAGGGCAGCAAGAUCGGGGCAGAAAGUGAUCCGAUUGAGUGAUUUCCCAUUUUCCCGGCGGGAAGCUAAAGGAAGAGAACGAUGGUGGGAGAGCGGUCCAUUGGUCAGUGGGAGUGUUAUCGGAAGUGAGCUAUAUCGGCUUCCUGCUAUUCCGAUUGGUAGGAGCCGAUUUGGUGCGAAAGACCGAUUUUCCGGGGACGGAGAAAUGGUGAGUCGUGUUGAGAAGAUUUAAACUUUGUUAACUAAAGGACCGAGUGUGAUAUAAAAAUUGCUAAGCCUAACAGUAGUCACGAACGUGAAUCGAUUUCGUUUUAAACCACACGUUAACGAUGAUUGAAAGGUGAUUAGUUUAUGGAUGUGUAAGCUGGGUUUAAAUUGUCAAUCUCAGCCAAUUGGCUUGCUGUUGUGCGGCAGGAUGGCAAUGUUUUCCAUCUUUGAAUUUUGCUCUAUUUUUGACAAGCUGGUACAGAAAUCAAAGUUGGUAAUUAAAUCCAGUUGAUAUCGAACUUAGAGCAAGCUCAUACUCAUUCCUAAUUGUAUCAGGGUUUAAUUCAGGAGUUUAUGAAAAAAAAUCUGUUGAUAAUCAACUAGUAAAUAGGUCAAGUAUUUCUCUAGAAGUUCUAGUUAAUUCUUGUCGAAGAACUACGUCAUUUGUGUCGAAAUUCCAGGUUGUCCGCUGCCAGUCCGAGCAUAGCAGCAAAGCAUGCCAUGGAAACAGUGAGAAAACUCGACCCACUCGACCCACUGAAGUGCCGCUCCAGCGGAGGAAGGGGAGAAACCUCGACCCGAUUGCUGCUGCUCUCCAUCCGAUGAUGCGUCCGUCACGUCGUCCGAUACAAGAAUGAAUCCCAACCCGAUAGACAGGCUCUUAUAUAUCCCACGAUUGAGAACUGAACCCGUUGCCACGGCACUAACACACGCUCAAAGUUAGCUAUUUGAUGCUUAGUAGGCUGUGGCUUGUUGCUUGCAGUAAAAUUAGGUGCUCGUCGCCCACAUUCACUUUUCCGCGUACCGCUUCUGCGCGCUGCGCGCUGCUUUCUCUCGCGCAUGUGUUUUUUUUUCGUAUCGAGCUCAUACUGAGCAUGGAUCGAAUAUUUUUGUUUUCGUUUUAGGCAAAUUAAAGAAUUAUCGAUUGUGUUGAAGUACAGAAAUUGAUACAUAUCGUUUUAUUUAUUAUUUCCCCGUUAUUCUCUACAAUUUGUUCAACCCUCUAAUACCCAUUUUUUUUAUUUUGAUCUAAAUAUCAUGUUUUGAUAUCUUUAAUCGAUUUAAACAUGUUUUGGAAGGUGAUUCUUUUUAAUUCGCGAUUUUGGUUAUUGUGGUUUUUCUAAUUUUUAUUUUUCAACAUCUCUACACUAUUAUAUUUUUCCCGAGAUUUUUCCUGGAAGCCUAUUUGGGAUUUUUCAAUGGAAAUAUUUUGAGAAUUUAUGAUUAUUAUUGGAAUACAUUUGUUUUGAAUUUUUUCAUAGAAAAUUUUACUAUCCGAGUAAUUUUACAGAAAAUAAUUUUACAGUAUACUCAACUUCUUUAACCGUUAUGUGGCCGGCAGUUUUUUUUGUUUUUUUCUACACCGUGUCUUUUAAAUGAGGGCUGGGUACCCGGGUACCCUGCCGUUUUGUGGCCGGGUUAAUUGAGGAAAAAAAUAAAAUAUAUGAAUUGUUGCGAUUCAAUGCAAAAUAAACAAUGACAUCUAAAGGGUGACCAAAAAAUCACUUUUUCAAUCAUAUAAAAAAAAUGGAAAUAGGCUUUAAAAGACAUCAGAAACCAUUUUGAGAUACACAGAAUAAUUCUAAACAUCAACCAAACCCAACUAACAAUCAUUCAUUUAGCAAGCACUUUCAUGACGAAUUAAUUCAGCAUGACGCUGAAUAACAUUUGGAUAAUUUUAAGAUACAACCUUUCUUCGGGUUUUGUUCAAACAAAUUUGGAGAAAUUAUAAAGCAUAGUGUUAUGUACCAACUGAACUGUUUGUUGUUAAAAGUUUUAUAGAAGUAUAUAUAGGAAAGCUGUUAUUCGAACUCGAGACCCGUCGAUUGCCAGCCGCAUGCCUUCCUAUCUGCGCCAUCCUAGAGAUGAUGAAUUAAAGCACUCUAAUCAAAAUAUAAACUUCCCGUGGUUUAAUAAUGAUAACACUUCGAAUCCUAUUCAGCAGUGGUGAAUUAGCACAGAACUACAGAAUAUUAUGAUUAACAACUGAACAACAAAUUAGUUCAGCUGCUGUUCAGUAAAAAAAACACGUGUUUUUUAACCUGUACUCUGAGUCGAAGUACGAUGUAAUAAAAGCGCUUAUUCGACUUGUGAAAAACACUUGUUCAGAUACAUGUGCUAAUUUGUACAUGAACUUAACAAGAAGCAGAAAAAGGAAUUGUUAUACUAUUUUGUAAAGGAAUAACUGCAAGUCGUCGAAUAGUAAACUUAUUAAACUCUUGAAAAGUGUUUUAACCAUUGUUAUAACCGAUACGAAAGGUUGAAUAUUGGCUACUUUCAAUCGAUAAAUCAUUUGUACAGUAAAUUGUACAGCGUAAUUUUAGUUCAGCUAUCAUUACUAUUAUACAGUAACAAUUCAGCAUGCAUGCUUGUUUGUAACAUGCGACUGUUAGUUGGGAAAAUAAAAAAAUUUGGAUUGCUCAGGAAAGAAACAUACAAAAAUGCUCAAACUAUACCCUGUCUAAAGGCGGGGUUGGAAGAGAGGGUUAAAAGUUCACUAAGAGUUCUCUUAUGAGUAUUAAAAAAAAAUAAAUAAAUACAUAAAUGAAUUUCUGCCAGUCUGUCUGUCUGUCUACUGAACCGAUCGGCGUGAAACUUUGUAUACGGGUACUUUUGAGACCGGGGAAGGUUCUUAGUAUAGUGUGAGAUCCCACCGAUCUUUGGAUAGGGGGUCUCCCAUACAGAUGAAGUUUCGGAGACUUCUCUAGAUUGCUGUAUGACAAAAAAAUACAGUAGGCAGGCAGUACGGCGUUUGCAGGGACAGCUUGUUUAUAAUAAAAAUUCCAAAAACUUUUCGACAUUUGCAUAAUGUUCAACAAUUGGCGAAUCACCCUAGAUGUUAUUUAUAUCACGGAUAUUUUGGUUUACAUCCGAGACCUCCCACUGGGAUUCAUCUGUGAAAAUAUUCAGCAAUUAAACUCGAUAAUUAUCCAUGAAUUUCACAUAGCAUUCCUGAAGAUUUCUUCGUAGGGAUUCAUCCCAAAAUUUCUCCAGGAAAUUCUUCCAGUAUUUCCAGUAUCCAAGAUUCUUCAUGAAAUCCCGUCAAGUAUUCUUUCUAAAACAUCUCCAGGAUUUCCUAAAAGGGAUUCUUUCAGAACUACGUCCUGGUAUUUUCAAAGUACCUAUUUCUCCCGAACAUCUUUCAGAGAUUCCUCUGGAGUUCUUUCAUUGAUUUAUCACGGGAUACCUGUAGGGAUUCCUCCCGGGAUUUCUUUACAAUUGUCUCCUCGAUCAGGAAUUUCUCACAAGAUUCAUUCGGAGAUUCCUCCCGGAAUUUCUUCACUGAUUUCUCUCGGGAUUCUUCUAGAGAUUUGUUGUUGUAUUUUUUUGGGAUCUUUUCCGCGUUUUCCCCCGGGAUUUCUUUUGGGAUUCUUUCCGGGAUUCCUCCAUCCUUCCUGGGGUUUCUAUUGGGGCUUUUCCUGGAAAUCCUUCAAGGAUUCCUUCAGGACUCUGCCAAGUAUUCCUCCAGGGUUUUUUUUUCUGUUAUUUCGUUAGAAAUUCCUCACGGGAUUCAUUUUGGGUUUCUCCAUAGAUUCCUUCGAGAAAAUUUUCUUUGGGGUUCUUUCAUUGAUUCCUCCCGGGAUUUCCUUAGGAAUUACAUCAGGCAUUCCUCUGGGAUUCUAUUUGGGUUUCCUCCUACGAUUCCUUCAGGGAUUCCUUCAGUAUUUCCUCUAUGAAUUUCUUCAUUGAUACCUCCCGAGAUUUCUGCAUUUAUUUUUACCGGAUUUUCCAACGAUUAUUUUAUUCAAUCAUUAUUCCCGGGGUUCCUUCUCACAUUUCUUGAUUGAUUCCUCCCAGAAUUUCUUCAGAAGCACCUCCCGGGACUCCUUCCAGCACUAUUCUUUCAGAUAUUCCUCCUGAUCUUUAAUUAGGGAUUACUCUAGUUUUUUUUUAUUAUUCCCUGGAUUCCUCCAGACAGUCCUCCCAAGAUUGCUUCCUAGAUUUCUCCAGGAAUCUUUAAUGGAUUUCUCCGGCAUUUUUGCGGCAUUUCAGUGACUUUUCCCUUGAUUUCUUCCAACUUUCCUGCAUUGAUCAUUCCUGCAUUUUCUUCUAGGACUUCUUCAGAGAUGGCUCCUUGAUUCUGUCAAGCAUACCUGCAAGAAUUUUUUUUUAUUGGAUUUUCACGCAAGAAACUUUUUGGACUUUCUCUCGGGACUCUUCCACGGAUUAUUCCCGAAAUUGCGCCAGGAAUUUCUCCAAGAUUCUUCCUGGGUUUCCACCCGGGACUCCUUUCGGGAUUUUUUUUUUCAGGAUUCCUUCUGGGAUUCCUUGGGAUUGAUUCUUCCCGGGCUUUCGCCAUUUAUUUUUUUCCCAAUAUCCUCCAGAUUCAUUCAAAGAUUCAUUUGAGGAUUGUGUCCAAGAAUCUUUCAGGUAUUCCUCCUGAUCAUCAAUUAGGGAUUACUUUUGUUUUUUUUUUUAUUUCUCCCUGAAUUCUUUCAGACAUUCCUCCCGAGAUUUCUUCCCUGAUUUCCCCAGGAAUCUUUUAUGGAUUUCUCUGGCAUUUUUGCUGGGAUUCCUUCAGCGACUUCCCCUGGGUUUCUUCCAACAUUCCCGCAUUGAUCAUUCUUGCGUUUUCUUCAGGGAUUUAUCCUAGGACUUCUUCUGAGAUUCUUCCUUGAUUUUGUCAAGCAUUCCUGCAAGAUUUUUUAUUGGAUUUCACCCAAGAAACUUAGGACUUUCUCUCGGGACUCUUCCACGGAUUAUUCCCGAAAUUGCGUCAGGAAUGUUUCUUUCUUCCUGGGUUAUCUCUUAAGAUUGCUUUCGGAAUACUUUCCAGGAUUCCUUCCGGGAUUCCUUCAGGAAUACAUCAAGGGAUUUCUUCAUUUAUUCUUCCCGGGAUUUUUCCAUUUAUUUCUCCCAAAUAUCUUCCAGAUUCAUUCAAGGAUUCAUUUAUGGAUUCUUCCCAAGAAUCUUUCAGGGAUUCCACCGGGAUUCUCUCAGACAUCUCCCAGGAUAUUCAACGGGAGAUUCUUGCAGGGAUUACAACCAGAUUUAUUUGGGGCUUUCGGCCGGGAUUCCUUCACAGCAUCCUUCAGAAUUGUCCCUGCAUUUUCUCCCGGAAUUCCUUCCCGGACUUCUUCUGAGAUUUUUUCGCGGAUUCCUUCCAAAGUUCUUGCAGGAAUUACUACCAGGAGCUCUCUCGGAAUUCAAUAAUUGAUUUUUCCCGAAAGACCUUCAGGGAUUUCUCCUGCCCAAGUAACCAAAAGUUCAGAUAAGAGGGUACUUUAGAAGCUAAGCUGUUGAAGGUUGCUCUUAAGCCUUCUAAGCAGCUUCAUGUUUAAGUAAUUACGGUACUUGAAAGUUCAUAUAAGAAUGUCGGAUAGCUUUCGAAGCCGCUUCUGACGGAACUUCCUCAAAAUGAAUGUGAAAACAAUAAUUUACUUUUCGGAUUCAUCACAACUUGUUGUUUCUUCUAUUAUUGAGGAAACAUGCUCAAACUUACUCUACUUACCUUAUUUACGGCACUCCUAUGUAGGAUUCGAACCGGGACCUCCUACGUGAUAAGCUGCCGCCAUACCGCUGCGCUGCUACAGAUACAUAAUAUGGAUAAGUUAACUUCGCUACUGUACAUUGCACACUUGUCGACAGAGACCUAGAUGUCGACAGAGGAUUGAUUCAAGUCAGACUUCAUCCGCUUUGCACUUCAUCGCAAUUGUGGUGUCGGGGUAGAGUAUAGGGCUCUAACGCAGCGACUCCCGGUUCGAAUCUGGUGGGCGUCAAUUUUUUUUUUCAUUUGCACUUCAUAUUCAUUGAUUUGGUAAAUUAAAUUUAGUUGUCUAUAAGAAAAUUUGCUUAUAAUGAUGUUUUUGCUGAAAUGACAAAAAUAAACCCUUAGAACAUCAAGCUAUUAAAAUGAACUUCAAGGAACUAGAAAGCUCCAACAAAGUUCCGAAUAGCAUCUUCAGCAGCUUUCAAGUUCCACGAAGUUCAGAUAAAGUUCCGAAUGGAACUUCCUGGCUGCUUAAAAGGCUAACAAUGAGCCUUGCUGGAACUUAUGUGCGAAGUUCCAACAAGGCUCUUUGCUAGCCUCUUAAGCCGUUCGUAACUUUAUCUGAACUUUGUGGAACUUGAAAGUGCAUUUUGUUAUGGGAAGCGGUACUUUUGGUUACUUGGGUGGGGUCCUUUUAGACAGUAUCCAUUUAUUACGUAACGCUUAAACCGGCAUUUCUUUGCCCCUCCCUUCAACGUAACGCUUUUUUGUAUCAAAACCUUAAUUUUUUAUGGGUCCGUACACUUGACAGUACUUCCGUAGACCCUUACAGCGUUAAGUAAUUUGUGGACGGCGCCUUGAGUAUUCCUUCAGAGAUUACUUCCUUAAUUCUAUAGGGCAGAUUUCUACAGGCAUUACUUCUUAUCUUUCUUUCAGGUAAUCCUUCUGAGAUUCUUUAAAUGACAUUUCAAUUUUUCUCCUGGGAUUCUUCUAGGGAUUCUUUCAGGAUUCUCUCAGGUACUUCUCUUGAAUAUCUUGGUGAGAUUUCUCCAAGAUUAAUUCAUGGAGUGCUCCCGGCAUUCCUUUAAUGUUUUCUGUUGGGUUUCUUUCAGGGAUUCCUCUCAGGAAUUUCUCCCGAUUUUCCUUGCCUCUAAGAUAACUCCGUGUGGGGAGAAGUGACUUCGAUAGUGGAAAGAGCUAUGCAUUAAGUAUGGUAAAAUAUGGCGGAGAAUGCAGAUUUUAAUUCUGAGACACUUCUGCUUCUUCGUGGUUCUACGUUCCCACUGGAACUUGACCUGCCUUAUCUUCAACUGAAUGUUCUUUGAGCACUUCCACAGCUAUUAAUUGAAGGGCUUACUUUUUCAAUAUCAGUAUUCUCAAAUAACAAUAUAUAAAACGGAAUAAGAACUGUGAGUGGAACAUAAACUUUGCUAGUAUUAUGGAAAAAAUCAUCAUCAAGAAGUGUCUUGGAAUGCGAUAGAAGAGGUAGUUCCGCAAAAGAUCAUUGGGGAGUCCUAGAGGCUGCAAAACGGUGAGUCGAUAAGGAGAGCGUCCAACAUAGCUCUGUUCCUCACAAGUUCCUACCUCAUGCUUCCACGGGUCAAGCGAUGACAAAGACCCCCAGCUAAGAGUUGUGUGCUUAGCUGGUAGUGCAGCCUGGGCACUGUUGUCCUUCUGACUUCAGCUAGAUUGAGGAGGUACGAUUCCAGCGUUUGUUCACCAAGGAGGUGCGGCUCAAACAGCGUCUGUUCUGGCAUCCAGCGGUUGAGUAAGAAACGCCCAGCUAGAUCAAAGGUGGUAGCCCCAUCAGCGUGGUCGUCCCAGUGUUGGUUGGGACGUUAAACAGAACUGGCACGAUGGCCCUCCGGCGAGACAGGAAUGUUGGCGUAGGCCCAAUAAGCCACCCGUAAAAAUCCCCAUUGCGAAUAACAUAGGAGAAAAUAUGACUCGAUACAAUCGGCAAAGACCCACGCGACGAAAUAAGGACUACGAUUGGAAACUUGGAACAUGGAAUUGCAAGUCACUAGGUUUCGCAGGAUGUGACAUGAUAAUCUACGACGCACUACAUCCUCGCAACUUCGACAUCGUGGCGUUGCAGAAACUUUGUUGGACUGGACAGAAAGUGUGGAAAAGCGGGCAUCGAGCGGCUACCUUCUACCAAAGCUGUGGCACCACUAAUGAACUGGAAACAGGAUUUAUAGUGUUGGGCAAGAUGCGACAACGUGUGAUCGGGUGGCAACCGAUCAACGCAAGGAUGUGUUGAGAGUUAAGGGCCGUUUCUUCAACUACAGCAUCAUCAACGAGCACUGCCCACACGAAGGGAGACCCGAUAACUAGAAAGAAGCGUUCUACGCGCAGUUAGAGCAAACAUACGAUGGUUGCUCGCCGCGUGACGUGAAAAUCGUUGUCGGCGACAUGAACGCGCAGGUAGGAAGGGAGGAAAUGUACAGACCGGUAAUCGGGCGAAACAGCCUGCACGCCGUAUCGAAUGAUAACGGCCAGCGAUGCGUAAACUUUGCAGCCUCCCGUGGUAUGGUAAAUAGUCCGAAGCACCUUCUUCCCCCGCAAAGAUAUCCACAAAGCCACCUGGAGAUCACCCGACCAACAAACAGAAAAUCAAAUCGACCACGUUCUAAUCGACGGUAAAUUCUUCUCGGAUAUAACCAACGUCCGCACAUACCGCAGUUCGAAUAUAGAUUCGGAUCACUACUUAGUCGCUGUAUGCAUGCGCUCAAAACUUUCGACAGUUAUCACCACGCGUCGAAGUCGAACGCCGCGGCUCAACAUCGAGCAACUUCGUAACGUAGAAGUGGCUCAAGACUACGCGCAGCAGCUAGCAGUGGCCCUACCAACGGAAAAGCAGCUUGGCGCAGCUACACUUGAAGAUGGCUGGAAGGACAUCCGAUCCGCCAUAGGUAGUACCUUCGCUACAGAACUAGGCUUCGCGACUCCGAAUCACAGAAAUUACUGGUACGACGGCGAAUGUGAACAGUUGAAAAACGAGAAGAAUGCAGCAUGGGCGAGAAUGCUGCAACACCGUACGAGAGCGAAUGAGGCACGUUACAAACAGGCGCGGAACAGGCAGAACUCAGUCUUCCGGAUGAAGAAACGCCAGCAGGAAGAUCGAGAUCGCGAAGCGAUGGAAGAGCUGUACCACGCUAAGGACACACGAAAGUUCUACGAGAAGCUGAACCGCUCGCGCAGAGGCUUUGUGCCACAAGCCGACAUGUGCCGAGAUAAUAACGGGAAUAUUCUCACGAGCGAGCGUGAGGUGGUCGAGAGGUGGCGGCAGCAUUACGAUGAGCACCUCAAUGGCGACGUUGCAAGUACCGAAGGUGGCGUGGUAACAGAUCUAGGAGUAUGUGCACAGGACGAAAGACUUCCGGCCCCUGACCUUCAAGAGAUUGAGGAGGAGGUUGGCCGGUUGAAAAACAACAAAGCCGCUGGAGCAGAUCAACUACCAAGCGAGCUUCUUACAUACGGUGGAGAAGCACUGGUGAGAGCACUACACUGGGUCAUUACCAAGAUUUGGGAGGAGGAAGUAUUACCGGAGGAAUGGAUGGAAGGUAUCGUGUGUCCCAUCUACAAAAAGGGCGACAAGUUGGAUUGCGGGAACUACCGCGCGAUCACACUACUGAGCGCUGCCUACAAGAUACUCUCUCAAAUUUUAUGCCGCCGUCUAUCACCGAUUGCAAGAGAGUUCGUGGGGCAAUAUCAGGCUGGAUUUAUGGGUGAACGCGCUACAACGGACCAGAUGUUCGCCAUCCGCCAGGUGUUGCAGAAAUGCCGCGAAUACAACGUGCCCACACAUCACUUGUUCAUCGAUUUCAAAUCGGCGUAUGAUACAAUCGAUCGAGAACAGCUAUGGCAGAUUAUGCACGAAUACGGAUUCCCGGAUAAACUGAUACGGUUGAUCAAGGCGACGAUGGAUCGAGUGAUGUGCGUAGUUCGAAUAUCAGGGACACUCUCGAGUCCCUUCGAAUCUCGCAGAGGGUUACGGCAAGGUGAUGGUCUUUCGUGCUUGCUGUUCAACAUUGCUUUGGAGGGUGUAAUAAGAAGAGCGGGGAUAAACACGAGUGGGACGAUUUUCACGAAGUCCGUUCAGCUGCUUGGUUUCGCCGAUGAUAUUGAUAUUAUUGCUCGUAAAUUUGAGACGAUGGCGGAAACGUACAUCCGACUAAAGAGUGAAGCCAGGCGAAUCGGAUUAGUCAUUAAUGUGUCGAAGACAAAGUACAUGAUGGCAAAGGGCUCUAGGGAGGAAUCACCGCGCCCGCCACCCCGAAUUCAUAUCGACGGUGAUGAAAUCGAGGCCGUUGAAGAAUUCGUGUACUUGGGCUCACUGGUGACCGACGACAACGACACCAGCAGAGAAAUUCAGAGGCGCAUUGUGGCAGGAAAUCGUGCCUACUUUGGACUCCGCAGAACUCUACGAUCGAAUAAAGUUCGCCGUAACACGAAGUUAACCAUCUACGAAACGUUGAUUAGACCGGUCGUCCUCUAUGGGCACGAAACAUGGACCCUACGUGCAGAGGACCAACGCGCCCUUGGAGUUUUCGAACGGAAGGUGCUGCGUACCAUCUACGGCGGAGUGCAGAUGGAAGACGGGACUUGGAGAAGGCGAAUGAACCACGAGCUGCAUCAGCUGCUGGGAGAACCAACCAUCGUCCAUACCGCGAAAAUCGGGAGGCUACGGUGGGCGGGUCACGUCAUCAGGAUGUCGGAUAGCAACCCGACUAAAAUGGUUCUCGAGAGUCAUCCGACCGGUACAAGAAGUCGUGGAGCGCAGCGAGCUAGGUGGGUCGACCAAGUGGAGGACGAUCUGCGGACCCUACGCAGAGUGCGGAACUGGAGACAAACUGCCAUGGACCGAGUGGAAUGGAGGCGGCUACUAUGUACAGCAGAGGCCACCCCGGCCUUAGCCUGACCGGUAAGGUAAGUAAGAGUUUUCCUCAUAUGCACCCCAUAUCAGUAGGUCGCACCAUAUGCAACAAAGUUGGUUUUCCUGCUAGCCAUCCACCGACUGAGCUAAGCAAAUCCCCAGAAACGGCUACGCCACCUAAUUUAUUAGCAAUCCAUUCCCGGUCCACCCCUCCGGAAUAGCUUUUACCGUCAUCCACACUUGAUGAUUGCAAUCCACAAUAAUGGAUCACUUGCCUUCUAUGCAGGCAUGCAAAACUGUUCCAUCACCCCCGCCCACGGAUCACUUAGGUAUGCACCCUGUAGGUUCAUGGUGGGCAACACUAACAGGACUAUCAAUUUUCCCAUCAGGUUCAGGUAUUCUGCCGUUCGUUACAUAUCGCUUCCAUUGUAACGAUCGAACCAUAUGCAGAGCGGUCUCCCGUCGCCAUCGUCGAGGAAAGAAACGGCAACUUGUUGUGCAAAUCGCGCAGCUGAUUGGAAUGGGGAUCCCUAAUGGAGCCACCUGGUGUGAUGGUUGGAAUUGGAGGGAGCAGCAACAUUCUCCAAAUUGUGAAGCAUCGUUGUUUACGCGUGUUUUGCGUCCCUGUUUUC